CAUACAGCAAGCCCCGCCCCCGUUGUCAGUGUAGCUCCUGCACUGUGUUCUGAGCUCAGACAGCAGGAUUGCAAGCUGGUGGUAGCCAGCCAGGGGCCCCUGGGAGCCGGCUGUACACACUGGGGAGACACCGGGCCUCAGCUUGCCAGAAAGACCUCAGAGCCAAGUGAAGCCGAGAUCCUGGAUCGUGUAUCCUGGUGCUUUACAGUAUAAAGGUACAUUGCACUGCAUGGGGACUGCUGGCUGGCUACUAAUCCCAUAGUGUGUCAGUGUGUAAUAACAGCUCCUGUGUGUAAUAAGGGGGUAUCUGCUCAGAAAUAGACUGAUAUAUAGGCUUACUGUCCCAUUAUUUGACAAGCACGUUUUAUCUGGAUGCAUAUCAAAUUAUGUGUGUGUAUAGAUAGUAUGUCUCUUUUUUCUCAUUAUAAAGGUAGUGAUAGAGAUAUGUGUGUUUAAUUCCUAUUUUAAUAUUUGCAUGUAUAUUUAUGAACUGCCUUAGGUUAUAUAGUUGUUAGUGUAUAAAUAUAGUAUAUGUGUGUAUAAGAUAAAUAUAGUAUAUGUGUCUGUAAGUAUCAAUAUAUAUGUUUGUAUAUAAGUAUAAUGUGAUCUCAGAAGGGAAGCUAGGUUUGUGUUAUGUUAAGGGAAGAGAGCAAAGUCUGCUUUUAUAUCAAAGAUUAUUUACACUCUGGGAAUGUUGCCAGCCUUACAGUUGCUUGUUCAUUAUACUUUUGUUAAUUCUCAUUGCUUACUGUAGAAACCAGAUUGUCACUGUACCGACUAGCCAUUUGCAUUUUAUUACCCUGGCCAUUGCCCAUUCUCUAGGUUCCUGCCCUUCUAGCACUACACCUGUAACAAUGUAACUUGCUCUCAAAAUCCUUGUUGGUCAGUGAUCGCUCACCUGGGCUCUGCAGAUUGGUGACUACAUUUCCCAUGAUGCUCUGUCAACCACAAAAGCUGGCAGAGCAGCUUGGAGAUGUAGUUCACAUGCAUCUGGUUUGCCAAGUUAGCCAUCAGUGUUUUAAGGUAGCCUAUCAGUGGGUCCCCUGUUAUGUAAUAAUUUCUGCUUGCUGCAGGUAAUCAGAAAUAUAAUGCCUUGGGAAAUACAUUUCUUUACCUCUAACACAUAUUACAUCAUGUGAUCAUGUGUUAGUGCAUGUCUGUGUAAUAUGCAAGUUCUCAUUGUCAUACGUGAUUAUGUGUUAGUGCAUGUCUGUGAGAUAUGCAAUUUUCCAUCGUAUAUAUAUGUCACCUUCCUGUGAAGAAAUUCACAUGACCUCUUGGUGUACCGCUGGUCACAACAUGGCUUAAAUAACUUCCUUUAAAGUCUGGCAUUAAGCUUAGUUUAUUUAUAAGGUGUUGGUGUAACCCAGAGCGCUGUGCAGCAGGCAAACAAACCUGCAUGUAUUUGCUGACAAAAGGAAAUUGGGCACACACAAUGGCAAAGGAAAGGAGAUCUCUGGUCAAGGGAGCUUACAGUCUAAAGAGCCUUUAAUGGCUACUAGAAAGAAAAUAAAGUCAAUGAAAUAAAAAUAAUGUGAAAUGCUCAAUUCUCUUACAAAUGAAACUUGCUUUGUGCAAUAAUAAAACCUAACACUUACAUUGCAACUGUGUCAUUCAAGUAGACGUCUUUAAUCUAGCUCCUAUGAUUAUUGGACUUGUAGUCCUGGAGCAGCUGAGGGCACCUUUUGGGCAUACCUGAGUUAAGGUACUUGUGUAGCUCUUGGCUUAAGGUACUUUCAAAAUCAUAGUAAAACAAAUCUGUGAAAAAGGAUAGCUCCACAAGAAAUAUAGAUAUUUUUAUUACGAAACAAGCAUUAGAAUCUUUACCCUUAUAAUCCUUUUUUUUUCAUAUAAAAAAAAAAAUAUAUAUAUAUAUAUAUAUAUAUAUAAAUAUAUAUAUAAAAAAAUUAAAUUUUAUUUUCCUGCCAAUUUUUAUCUUCUUUAAGAUCUCUCGUAAGUCUUUGAUGCGUAGAUGCAGUCCAGAGUUAUUUAAUGUUUAAUAAAUUUCAGGAUCAAUAUGUUUGAAGGCUCCAUGAGCAUCCAGGUAAAAUGUAGUUUUAAAGAUCUGCAUCUCCAAGACCCACCAUAACCGGUCCAGGAGAGAGUGAACAUGAAAGCAGGACUAACCAUUACACUACACACAGUUUUACCAUUUUGCUUUAACACAUGUAUCACAGUAUUGUUAAUUUAAAAAAAAAAAAAAGUUUUAGGGCUAACCAUUAGGUGACCUUAGACGGCUGCCUGAGACCAAGGGGCUAGAUGUGGGCCCAAGUGUCAAUAGGUUGCUUGUGAAGUGUUAAGAAUAAGGAGGGGUGGACGGGACCCAAAUGGAUUGGCAAGCAAAAUUAACAAACACGUUUUUUGUUUUUUUUCUAUCUUCAGUAACUUUUUACUGCAGACUAGAAUUUUACAAAAUAUGGAAUAGACCAGUCCCCUUAAGCAGUUCAGCAUGCUGGAGUGCUUUAAUGGCAAACUGAUGGUCCAUUCUGUUUCAUUUUAUAAAAAUACCAAUUUGCACUUUUGUCAAAGUUCUAAGUUUGAUCAACAGCUGGGAGGGUUCCCUGCCUCACUCUCUGAGAAUGCUCUUUAAAAGUAUAGGGAAACCUUACGAAACUAAUAGAGAAGCAUCUGAUUGCUGGGAACACAUAUGACGUAGGUCCCCAUUACUUUACUAUGAGAAACAUCGGAUUUGACCGGAGAUAAAUAUGAUUAACUCCUAGAGGGCAGUUUGGUCUGCGUCGAGGAGACUAUGUUGGCAAUGGGGAAAAAAAGUGAGUUUAUUUUAUUAAGGAAAAGGGAACGGGCCUAAAGUAAAAUCAAAAAGGAGCACCCCAACGUUAGUUACUCCAACAUCAUGGCCACUUCAGGGAUUUGAAGUGGUCAUGGUGCCUGUAGUCGUAGUCUGUGCAGCAUUUCAGUAUUGAAUGCGGUACAUAGUUUAACCCCUUUGCUGCUGGCAGCAUCAUUGAAGACUUGAAGACAAGUUCCAGGUUGCCUAAUGUUAAUUCCGUGCAUAUUUCUGUAUUUAGAGUUUCAUUUAUUGUUUGAAAGCACUUCGAUGAUGCUCUCGGGCAAUGAAUGACGGGCGGGUUCGACAUCCGCUUUGUGCAGCUCUGCAGAAGCCGGGUGCCCAUCACCGGCCACACAGGACCCUCAGUGCUUAGUGGAGACCCAGGUAAAACCAGAUUUUGCAACAGUUUGCCCCAUCACCGGAAAACAGAGUCAAGGUGCACCUGGCAUCAGAACCACUGCAGUGGGCUCUAGUAGUUAUGGUGCAUAGAGAAACCCUUAAAUAUAUUUAUUAUUUUUGGGAUUGAUGUAGUGCCAGCAUAUUAAACCGCGCUUUACAAAUGUUAACAGGGAACCAUAUAUUGCCAAAGACCCUGUUUGAUAGUAUUAGGUACCAUGUUCCUAAUGCUAUAAUUAUUGAAUACAAGGAAGAGUAAUUGUGACUUUAAGGGAAAACUGUCAUGACUUUUUAAUAUUAACAAAUAAAUGUGAUAUGUAAUAGUCUGUGUGUGUAUUAUUUUGUGAUGCAUAGAUUUAAGUUAAUACCGUUUUAAAGUGUUUUUUUUUUCUAGCUAAUUCUUGGCUUUUGCGGGCGGCCAUCUUUAAACCCUCUUUCUUAGAAAGCACCUUAUCUGUAACACCAUGCAGUUAUCUGAGAGCUAGUGUGCAUUUAAGAGUCCAGAUGUCAUAGCAAGUCCCGGCCAACUCAAGUAGCUGCUGUAAACCAGUUUAACUUGUUGAGAUUUUUGAUGGUCCUGGCUAAUAAGUGUAACUUAUGACGAGAGAGAUGUUAAACAUGCCUGCUCCCACAGAGCAAGGGUAAACCAGGUGAUGUACUAAGAAGAGGGAAUUUAUUUAUAUGUAAGCAAGGGGAAAUUACAAAAUAAUGGUCAAAAAAGACAUCAUAAUUUAUCAUUUUCACUGAUAAUGGUGAAAAAAAAAAACAACAGAUAUAAAUUUUCCCUUUAAUUUAUGCAGAAAAGUAAAAGCAUAUAUACAUUAAAUCUGACGGCUCGUCUAGAAAAAAGUUUAAAAAUAGUAUAAGCUGUUACAACUUCUCAGGUGAUUUCAUUUUAAUGAGUCAUAAAUAAAUAAAUGUUCCAUUCUGAGUGCUACACACCCAAUGCAAACUAUGCUUCAGUCUCCAAUACAUUCCCCAACGGUCUGUCUAGAGAACUGUGCCAGUGACGUGGGUAUGCAUUAUUUUACAUCCCACAAUGCACUGCAUGUGGCAACAUGUAACACUUUUUGUAAUUCCAUAAACGGCGUUGAGAACACAUUGGUGCACGCACGUCUCUUUGCAGUAGGGACAUAAAGCAAUUUCAGGUGCAGAUAGAAGGUAUUUAUUCAUUAUCCUCCCAUUAUAGUAUGUUUUAUUUAUUUUAAUUUUUAUUCCUCUUGCGUUCCUUUACAUGUAGUGAUGUGCUGUUACCCUCGCUCUAUGUGGCGCAUGGUACAAAAGUGCAUUUAAAUCAGCAGUAAGCCUCUGCUAGAAUUGCAAAUGGUGUAAAGGGAGGUUUAGCACUUCAAAGCUGAGUAUUCAGACCCAGCAGUGCAGCAUUAGAAGACUCAGAAAUGAGCAAGACAGAAAAUACCCAGCGGCUCAUACAGCUUGUGAUUCUUGAUCCUCACACCUGCUAGACUAAUAUUGUGCUGCUGUCAUGAUAUUUCGAGAGAGGGUUUAUUGGCAGACCCGCUGCUACUACGUGCAAAACAGUGAACACACGUGUCUAGUCCGGUGGAAAAAUGGAACAGUGCAGGGACAUAUAGAUAAAUAAGACACGAAAUAAGGGUUAAAUUGUGGAAAAUAAUCUCUACUAGAAUUCCUACAAGGCUGGCUAGGGUAUAAUUUACAAGUAUCAGAAUUCUAUAUAAAAUGUAAUAAACGUCUAUAUUGGUGUGCUUUUUUUCCUCUUCUGUGUGUACAGUUUCAAAUAUAGAUAGUUUUCUUUCACUUUUCGUUUUAAUGUUUUUUUGUUUUUUUUCUCUCCCCCCACCUUUUCUUCAAGGAUGGCUGCUAUAAAAGCCCUACAGCAGUGGUGCAAGCAGCAGUGUGAUGGGUAUCGAGAUGUGUCGAUUACCAAUAUGACCACUUCGUUUCGAGAUGGGUUGGCAUUCUGUGCAAUCCUUCACAAACACCGACCUGACCUCAUGUAAGUAAAUCCACAGUGGGCGUUCCAAUCUAUAAAUGUGCUAACGUUCGAUCCAGAAACCUGAUUUGAGAAUUAUCUGCAGUUCCAGCAUUUGAAUGGACGUGUCCAUGGAAUGAGUUCGUAACAAUGUUAGCUGCGUGUAUGUAAUGCAUUCAACCUUUAAAUGGUAAUAAUCAUUACCACUACAGCCUGCUGUUGUGGUUAUGGUGUGAGGAGUACCCUGGCCAGAUUCCCUGGUAAUGGAGCAAAGUGUUUGCCUCCUUACCUUGGGCCUUGCCGGACUCCGAGGCUUUCGAUUGGUCCGGUGACGUGCUUCUGCAGAGUUUCGGAAGCCGGAAGCUGCGGACGUCGCUUUAUUGGCUGAAAAUAUCAACUGGGUGCCCUCAGACGGGGAUUGACAUUACGUGCUGUCAAAUUGUCACCGUUAAAUGAGUGGGACGUUUAAUAUUCGAUCUUUAAAUGGUUCCUCCUUUAGUCAUUAAGGAGUUAAAAAAAACAAAAAAAACAUAAACCAUAAAACAAAUGUAUGGGGAUUGUGUAAAUUACAUGACACAUGGCUUUUGAGAUUAUUUCUGACUUAUGUCUGGUUAUUAUGCUGUGUUUAGUGGACUCUUAAAGGAAUACGGGGCAGGGAUAAGGAAGCAAGUUGUGUGUUUUAUUCAUUUUUUUUUUUUUUUCUUUCUUCUACAUUUGGUAGUCCAGAAAAACAAAAAAACAAUCCUAUGAUUUUGGUUUGAAAAAUUAUCAAAAUCAGAUUUGCUGGUUUGUUUAAUUUUAAAACAAAAACAUUUUUUGUAAUAAAGUGUGUCAAAAAAUCAAAUUUGGUUGGUAGGCAGUAGCUUAUCUUUUAUUUAUUAUGUUUUUCUUGAAUUAGCAGCCGAGCGGAAAAAAAAGGGGCAUGCUUCAAACCUGUGUCUUGUUAGUGAUUCUGGGAGUAAAUUAGCGAGGUGUGGGAUUUGUGCUUUGAUUGAUUAGAAUAAUAAGAGGUAAAAUUAAAAGGGAUACAUAUAGACACUUAAGACUUAAUCUUGUUCUGCCUCUGUCUCUGUAUGGGAGCAUUCAUGGUAGUUAUUAAAGUAACAUUCUUACAAAACAGUAUUUGCUUGAUGAGUAAUCCUUGCUGGACAGAGCUCGCUGUUCAGUGCAGUAUAGUCUGUGGGCAGCUGUGGAAAAAAGGAAAACAGAGUUUCAUUGAGUACACUAAACUCCAAGGAGUCCUCCCUCGUAUAUUGGAGCUGGCCAGUGUACUCUGAUACAUUGCCAAAUGUUCCUAGUUAGACUUGUUGCCAGAAUACAUGCAAAGUCUGUUUAUCUCUAUGUCUCCAGUUUAAUAAAGUACAAACAAGUACACACAACAGUACAGAGCCAGCUUGCAGGUGUAAGGCCACUGCAGAAUAUUUUGAAACACAUCGGAUCAUGUUUACUAGUCUUCGGUGAGAUGUAAUAGAUCCUGGCACUGUCAGGGUUAAAUUGGAACUACAGUGCAGAGGCUGGGUUUGAUCCAAAGCUGAAUGGCUACUGUAAGGUGUGGGGUGGCAAUCUGCAGCUCGUGGCUGUGGCUGAAAUGUAAUGCCUUUUGGCACCUUGCCAGACUUAACAAUAUUAAAGGGGUGACCCUGGCUGAAUAGAGUGUUGCAAUAGCAAUUUGUCAAAAUACAGAACUCUGCAUCCGGCAUGCAAGUAGGUAUUUAGUAGUAAGCAUUAAAGGAACACUAUAGGGUCAGGAACACCAACAUGUAUUCCUGACCCUAUAGUGUUAAAUCCACCAUCUAGUCACCCUUCCCACCCCUCCCCAUUGCCAACCCUAAAUAUAGUAAACUUUUACUUGUAUUCAAGUCUGCAGCUGCUGGCUAGAUCCCCAUCCUAGAUGUUUGUAGAACUACAGCUUCCAUGAUGCUUUGUCAUUCUAAAGCAUUCUGAAAGCAUGCAAAACAUCAAGGGAAUUGUAGUUCUACAACAUCUGGGGAUCUACCUUUUGGGCAGACCUGCUCUAGAAGAUGGCAAACUUAGUAAUUCCAGGCUUGGGCAAGUAACAUAAUGCCUCUGGUCUGCCCUGACUGUAUGUUUAAAACAUAUAUCUUACAGUCUGCUAGAAAGAUGUUUGCAUUAAUGCAGUAUUUUGAUAGCUUUAUCAAUUAUUUGACCUGUUUGUUAAAUGAUCUAGGUUUAAUGCACAGCUUGAAGUUUUACGUUCCAGUUACAAUUGUAUGCUUUGCUCCUGAGAAGAAUUCCAUUUGAAGACUUUUCGGCUCAUCAGAUUAUAGAUAAAUCCCAGAUGGCAUCAAUCCUGUAGCAUGCGAGUCUUGCUGGGUUAAAGGUGCAGGAAUGCUCAGAACUUCUAGCGCAAUUGAAUUAAAGACUGUUAAAGACAGAAUCUGUCACUUGAGCCGUGCAAGCAAAGAAUAUAUUGCUCGCGAUGAAUUUAGGAGUACAGUUAGCUGCAGGGAAUUGGGCAAAACGCAGACUAUCAGCUGACAGAGGGCCAAGUUUGGACAGUCCUAGAAUAGGUAGUGUUCCCCCACUAAUUUAAUUUAUGGCAUUUGGAGGCACAUCCCCGACGUCCAGUACCAUGCAAUAGAUGUUUUUUUAUUUUUUUUAUUUGUAUUCUUUCUUUCAUUGGCAGCAGUCUAAAAAACGCAUAGGGAGGUCAUGUUCAAUGCUACUUUUGGUGAUCGUUGCAAUGUGGGUUUCAAACUAUUAUCCUUGGGCUGCGAUGGGACAUGCAGGCUGCGGUUGGGUGGUAUAGGAACAGAUACAUGAACAAAGCCAUCGCAUCACAUGAUCUAACGUCUAUUCUAGUAGACCAGAAAAUUUCUCACAACAGGGUCUCCAGUUUGUCAUCGGGGUAGACACAGAUCUGUUACUAAAUCACUGAGAGUAUACAGUCUCGGCAAGUAUAAUACUUGCAGACACCCUUAAGAGUAAAAGUUAGUGAUGGCAGAUUUAGGUUGCAAAAAGGAAUAUAAAGUGUAUUAGUUAUUAUUCUUUUAAUGUCCCUUUAGAACAAGUGUAGAACACUUAACAUCCAGCUGGAAUCGACUACCAGUUAAUAUAUGUGGGGAAAAUUUACAAAAUAUGUGAAUGUGCACAGUUGGCAUUACCAAUGGAUAGCAGAUCUGACAUUGCAUCCUGUACAUAAAUAUUACGUUUUUUUUCCGUUUGUUUGUCUGUGUGCUGUUUGAGGUAUGUGGUAUUUCCUUAGCUGAGCAAAAUCUCUGUAUAUCAACAGGCUUCCUAUCUGUCCUGGGGAAUACAGAGACAAUGGGUCAGAGGAGUUGGCCCCUUGCAUUCCCAAGAGUGUGUGUAAUGUUUGUGCUGUAUUCGCCUGCCUCUGCUCUAAACCAUAAGUUGUGGGGAGUCCAUAAAAAUGCCCAACAUUUUGUCUAAUUUAUCAUUCAUGGAGAAAUUAAAAAAAAAAAAAAAAAAGUGCAAAUAAACUGAUUAGAAAAUUUGGUGUAAAUUUAUCAAAUUAGUUUCAGUAUUUAGUGGAUAAACCUCCUAAUCUAGACUGUACUCCAAUUGAGCGCUUGUGUUUGUUUUGUAGGUGUUCUUAUUAAAGCUUGAAUUUAUUGCACAUAUGUGGUUAACACCCAACCUGUAGGUAACAGAGCGAGGUACAUCUAUAAUCCCUUCUUGGCUAUAAAACCUCUUCCUUGUGAGCUAUAUGUUUGUGACAGCGUAACACUGACAAAUGCUAAUUUAUUGGUUAAUAUGAUGCAUUUUUUCCUUAUUGAGUUUUAAUUGACAUAAAAAAAAAUUUAUAUAUAAUUUUUUAAUUUUUUUUGUUGAGUUGCCCAUCACGUGUCUUCAACAGCAGCCUUCAAACAUUGGCAGGACUGCAACUCCCAUUAUGCUUAGCCCACCUAAGACAAGUCAUCCAGCAAAUUGCUUGGGUUCCCAGCUCCAGUCCUGUGAAAUUUAUACCCCAAGUCACCUAGAGACCUGGCUGUUUCCAGGAACUAAUGUUUUGCGUACUUGAGCCAUCUCUCGUGGGGGUAUGAAAGUAUAUUAAGCAUGCAUAUGUCAUUCAUCAUGUGCUCUGCCUCAGUAAAAGCAGUGUCUGAAGAAUCCUCCAUAGCUGCCAUUCUGGUCCUUAACUUAUUACUCCAGUGCAUUGGCCUUUUAGAGCUUGCUGGAUAUACACUGCUCAACAAAAUAAAGGGAACACUUAAACAUCACAAUGUAACUCCAAGUCAAUCACACUUCUGUGAAAUCAAACUGUCCACUUAGGAAGCAACACUGAGUGACAAUCAAUUUCACAUGCUGCUGUGCAAAUGGGAUAGACAACAGGUGGAAAUUAUAGAUAAUUAGCAAGACACCCCCAAUAAAGGAGUGGUUCUGCAGGUGGUGACCACAGACCACUUCUCAGUUCCUAUGCUUCCAGGCUGAUGUUUUGGUCACUUUUGAAUGCUGGUGGUGCUUUCACUCUAGUGGUAGCAUGAGACGGAGUCUACAACCCACACAAGUGAAUCAGGUAGUGCAGCUCAUCCAGGAUGGCAUCAAUGCGGGCUGUGGCAAGAAGGUUUGCUGUGUCUGUCAGCGUAGUGUCUAGAGCAUGGAGGCACUACCAGGAGACAGGCCAGUACAUCAGGAGACGUGGAGGAGGCCGUAGAAGGGCAACAACCCAGCAGCAGGACCGCUACCUCUGCCUUUGUGCAAGGAGGAACAGGAGGAGCACUGCCAGAGCCCUGCAAAAUGACCUCCAGCAGGCCACAAAUGUGCAUGUGUCUGCUCAAACGGUCAGAAACAGACUCCAUGAGGGUGGUAUGAGGGCCCGACGUCCACAGGUAGGGGUUGUGCUUACAGUCAAACACCGUGCAGGACGUUUGGCAUUUGCCAGAGCACACCAAGAUUGGCAAAUUCGCCACUGGUGCCCUGUGCUUUUCACAGAUGAAAGCAGGUUCACACUGAGCACAUGUGACAGACGUGACAGUCUGGAGAUGCCAUGGAUAACGUUCUGCUGCCUGCAACAUCCUCCAGCAUGACCGGUUUGGCAGUGGGUCAGUAAUGGUGUGGGGUGGCAUUUCUUUGGGGGGCCGCACAGCCCUCCAUGUGUUCGCCAAGGGAGCCUGAUUGCCAUUCGGUACCGAGAUGAGAUCCUCAGACCCCUUGUGAGACCAUAUGCUGGUACGGUUGGCCCUGGGUUCCUCCUAAUGCAAGACCUCCUGUGGCUGGAGUGUGUCAGCAGUUCCUGCAAGAUGAAGGCAUUGAUGCUAUGGACUGGCCCGCCCGUUCCCCAGACCUGCAUCCAAUUGAGCACAUCUGGGGCAUCAUGUCUCGCUCCAUCCACCAACGUCACGUUGCACCACAGACUGUCCAGGAGUUGGCAGAUGCUUUAGUCCAGGUCUGGGAGGAGAUCCCUCAGGAGACCAUCCGACACCUCAUCAGGAGCAUGCACAGGCAUUGUAGGGAGGUCAUACAGGCAUGUGGACACUACUGAGCCUCAUUUUGACUUGUUUUAAGGACAUUACAUCAAAGUUGGAUCAGCCGGUAGUGUGUUUUUCCACUUUAAUUUUGAGUGUGACUCCAAAUCCAGACCUCCAUGGGUUGAAAAAUUUGAUUUCCAUUUUUUAAUUUUUGUGUGAUUUUGUUGUCCGCACAUUCAACCAUGUAAAGAACAAAGUAUUUCAGAAGAAUAUUUAAUUCAUUCAGAUCUAAGAUGUUAUUUUUGUGUUCCCUUUAUUUUUUUGAGCAGUAUAUUUACAAUAGUCAGAUAUUUUGCUGUGAAGUUGAUACCAUAGGGCAAACAUGGAAAAAUUUUUUUAUAGAUCUGGAAUCCUCUCUGGAAAGAGAGAGGUCUGACUCUCCAGAGUCAGGAGGAUCCAAAAGAGAUGGGAACAUGGUCAGAUCCGAUAGGUAGGUCAGGGCACGGAGUGAAGAUUUCAUAAUCGGUUGAACUAGCCAGUGUCUUGUAUCCAGUAAAUCGUUAAGUUAGCAUGGGCAGAAACCGAGAACAUUAGAUAAGACGUCAAACUGGAAAACCUUCAGACAGUCUGGGCUUUCGACAGGGACACUAGAACCUUGUGGAGCAUGCCAUAGGACUUUAUGUGGUUGACUUGAGUUUAUGAUAAAGAAAAAGGUUGCAUUAUCAAGAGGAUGCGGAGGCAGUUAACAAGACAACAUUGCUAGAUGCCUGAAUAAUGUGUGUACGGAUGUGGCAUUGAAACUUUAUCCAUGGUUCCAGUGUGGUGGCCAAGUUGUUAGACACAUGGCAAGGCUUCCGUUGACUUCUGUGUACGACCUGGAGUAAACCCCCAGAGAUACAAGUUAUUGAUCAGGCAACAGAAAACCCCAUGCCAACCUUUAUGCUAAAUAGUUACCAAUAUUUAAAUCUGCUAUUUCUGAACCAUCUCUUUUUGUCCAUACCAGUCUAAGAAAACAAUGACGCAUGAAACCAUACCUGCUAUACAGUGUUUCUCCUUUAAUUUAGUAUACUGAUGGUCUACUGUGCGUAUAAUCCUGACAAGGUCAAUCGAAUGGUUGCCAUUGAGUUGGGUAAUAUUACCAUAACCCCAAUACAUGCUUGAUUCAAAUCAUUAUUCUUUUGCCGCUUGUAAAAUGAAACUACAAAGAACUAGAGAACUUUGUGGACAUUUUUUUUUUCAUGUUCGCUAGGAGGUCGUGUUUUCCAGGAAGCUACAGGAAGAACGAUCAAGGAUUCCUAAUGAGUUCUAUUUUGGGGCUGAAAGGGCCACAAGUCAACAGGCUUUUCCUCCCACCAUAUAUUUCUUUCUUUCUUUUUUUUUUUUUUUUCCUGUCCUGUGUCAGAGAAAUAGUCAGUAAAACAGACUUGUUGAAGUUGCUGCUGAUAACACACAGCUGUGUGUGCCCUUAAAGAUAACGCAACUUCGGUUUUCAGACGUAAACAAGAAAAAAAAAUGUUGAUAAAUACGCUUCAGUAAAAGUCACCAAAACAUCCAUAUGUUUAUAUAUGUCAUGUUUCCUCCCAACAUAGGACAAAAAUAAAAUACCACUGAAAGUGUAAACGUAACUUUCAUAAAUUACAGAUCUGCGGAAUAUGUUGGCACUUUAUAAAUAAUAAUAUGAAUUAAUUUCCUGUGUGUGUAUUUGAAACCAAGUUUGCUUUACAACAAACUAUCUAUGAUCAUUAGGUAGAUUCCCUAUAAAGCUACACAUCCCAUGAUGCUUUGCAAAACAUGAGACUUGUAGUUCUAUAAAAGUUUUGGACCUCCAUGUGGUCAACCAAGUAUUAAUAUUGUAGGCUCUGUGGACAUUCCCAGACAGACAGACAGACAAAGUUUAUGUCACCUGAUCCACAGGAACACAUUUAAAGCACUGUUCUAUAUUUUUGCAUUGUAUAAUAAAAAGAACUUGUCUCACCAGAAAUUAAAACUGUUAAUAAAACAAGUUGUUUAAAUACUGUCGUAGCCUCAGAACUCGUACCGUCAAAACUACCAUCUUUCCCUUGCGACUCCAAACAGCUUGCCUUGUCACUGUCUGUAUAACCAUUAUACAAAAUAGAACUGUAGCUUGUUACAUUAAUAAAAUGGAAUACAGACCGGUGAUUAAUGGAAUAUCUUGUGAAGUGGCUGACAUCAGCUGUUUUUCAUAGAUUUUCUCAUACAUUCUCAAACGUUGGUCACUGCAUCAGUUGUAUAAAAACACGCCUGUUAUGUUAGCAGUCCGUGACUGAUCUCGGUGGCAUGGUUUACCAGAAAUUCUACUGGUUUUGUAUAAAUAUAGCUUUUUUUUUUUUAACGUUUACACAUAUGACAAAGCAUCUAUUUUGUUUUAUUAGAACUUGUAAACAAUUUGGAACUUAUAAGAAAAAUUCCAGGGUAACAUGUGGCUAAUUUUUAGUAAAGAAUUCAGUUUGUUUUUAAACUAUACAAUAAAAUCUGGUCUGGUCCAGCUCCUUUUACUCAAGCACUGGUCUCUGACUUGACUUGCAGUGGUUUUUUUUGUGUGUGUUUUUCAUGAAUGAAACUACUGCAGACUUUGGAACUCGGAUCUUUUAAACCUUUGGUUGACGAGAUAUGUUUAGUUCUCUCACAGAAUAUUGUGACCAGGAUUCGAUGCGGAUUGUCAGUCACUUCCAGGUCGCUAGGAAAAUCAGCAAAUUUUUUUAAUAAAUAAAAUAAGAAUUUAAUAUAUAUAUUUAACAUAUUGAAGGAGAUCUGUAAAAACGUCACAAAUAGUAAAGUUGAGCAAUCUCCAUGGAAUUGUGGUACAUUCAAGCCGAUUCCAUUGGUUUCCAUGGUGACCUCUACACGUCUAGCUCUUUGCCAUCUGUUGAUGGAACUAUAGUACCGAAAAGAGGACAUGCUGUACUAUGGUAUAACCAAUCUGUAAUAAUAAAAGAAUACGGUUUCACCCAAGCAAAACACUAAGUGAGCAAAGGACUGCCAAGUGGUUGGCAGUUGCAGUUGGUAGCUGAUAUAUCUAUUGAAGAUGUGAUGUUGGCACCAUAAAUAGUAAACCGUUUUUUAUGCUUUCUUGGGGAAUCUUGUAUUUCCCCUACACAACGUUCUUCACUGGAUUUCUCAAGAAUUAUUUGCAGAUGUGCAGAGUUCUCUCUCUCAUUCCUCGGCAGAUUACAUUAGUCCCAUGCAGAAAGUGGUCAGAACGCCAGCGUGUACAGCGUAUGUGUGUUGGUGGGGGGUGGGGAGGAGGUUAAUGACUUCGACACGCGGUUUGUGUUUUCUGCCAGCAGUGAUGUGGCAGUGACUGGUCCAAACUACGUCUGAGCAUUUAAAAUAAAAUGCUGAGAGUUGAUUUCUGUGCAUUAAAAGAACCCUUACCAAUUAAGAUUUCUAUAAACUAGAGGGGUGUCCAAAGAUUAGAUAGCUAUGUAUAGAUCUGUAGCUUACAAGGUGGUCCAAUCAGGGCCGUUACUCACUGCUAAGACCAGCGAGAAGCUAUAGUCCGAACAGUAAUGAGGUCUCUUAUCUAGAUUGGGUUCAGAAAAAUUGCACUAGAACAAAAAACUGUAUAUAUGUGCAAUAAUGUCUUCAUUUUGGCAAAUCUUUAUUUAACUUUGACUAAAACUGUAUCUCUCUUUUUUUUUUUUUUCUUCCUCAUUCAUCUAUAAAGGCAAAACAGGGUCAAAGUGUUUGGAGUUAUUGUUUUGGAACAUGUGACAAGUUUUUGCUAAUUGCUCCAAUUAUGUCACUUAUAUGAUUUUUGAUCAAGUUUCCAUUCUCCCCCCACGUCCCUGCCCCCCCAGUGUUCACAACACUAAGUGCUUUUACCAUGGUACAUUGUUUGCAUGUCCUGUCUAAUUAGCCUAGCGAUCUUUAUCAGUCUGGGUUUGUACUAAGUGACACUCGACUUGCCCUGUCACUGCUACACCAUGAAUGUGGAUUGUUUUACAGGAAGCACCUGAAUUGGCGGUGAAGAUAAUAAGAAUUAAGCCAUGCAAAUUUAAUUCAGGAUGUGACUUUAUUCUCAGCUGGAUGUCUGGCUUCAAAAACCUCCGGGUGAUUGAACAGAUUUAGGAAAACAACUAUUCAUGUAUAGAAAUGUCGCUUCACCUGGAUUGACUUCAGCCAAUUAGAAACAAGUGAUUAUUAAAUAAGUAUUUAUUUAUUUGCUAAAGUAGAAAAUGACUACAAGACAGGAUAGGCUUCAAAUCGCUAAAUAAAGUUCUAGGGAAUAACUCUAAAUCAGCCCUUGGUCAUAAAUAGCCAGAGAUUAACUGGGAAUGUUAUGGAGGAUAAAGUAUGAUAAACGGUAAAUAAGAAAACUAACAUGUUGUAUUAUUUAUUUUUUACAUUUUUUUUUUUUGUCAAUAGGAUUUUAACUGCUGGCACCAGAACCACUACAGCUUAUCGUAUUGGUUCUGGGGCAGAGAGCCUGUCCCUGCAGACUUAGGCAUCAUUUUACACUGCCUUUUCUGCUAAUGCUACCUCUAGGCCAGGGGUGCCCAACAGGUAGAUCCCCCAGAUGUUUUAAAACGGCAGCUUCCAUGAUGCUUUGUCAUUCUAAAGGCAUGCAAAGCAUCAUGGUAGUUAUAGUUCUACAACAUCUGGGGGUCUACCUUUUUGGUUAUCCCUGCUCUAGGCUGUCACUCAGCCACUAGAGGCGCUUCUUGGAUGCAGUCCCGGAAUGUUUACAGGACUGACAUUCACCGUCUCUACGCUCUGCAUUGAGGUGGUCAGUGUAAUCAUAGAUGCUUUGAGUCAAUCCAUGUCUGUGAGGAGAUGCUGAUUUGUGCAGAGUGGCGGUUGCCGUGCAUGUCAACUAGGCCCUCCAAUGCUUCUAUAUUGGAUUGGCAGUCUUGAUCAUCUCGGAAACAGGAGUGGGAACGCGGUGAGACACGAGGUAAAGAUAAUGCUUUAUUUUAUCAUUUCUGGGGAGGUGUGACUGAGUCUAACUAGCUUGUUUAACACAAACAUGUACUCCUCACCUCCUCCUAAUUGCCUUCAUAAUAACGUUUAGCAAAUUUCUGUCAUUGCUGUGGCAAUCCCCUUUCUUUCCAUGUUCCAUUUAGUAAAAGAGAGUCUGGCAGACUAUAUUGGCAUGAUCGUAAUAAAGUAUGUCAGGCAAUGUUCAGAUUUUUAUUGAAGUCAUUUGUGCUAUCUGGAAUCAUUUCAAAGGAAUCUGUCACUUCUCUGGAAUUAGCACUAUUAAAGGAACACUACAAUCUUGUGACGAUAACACGUGACCGGCCCCUGCAGCAAGACCAUCUGAUUGAAAUCGUUUUACUCCACUAUUUCACAGAAGAGGCUUUAAUGGCUGUCAGUGUGAUGGCCACUAGAGUUGGUUAACCCUGCAAUGAAAACAUUGCCGAUCAUUGAGAGGAAGUGGUCUGGAGGCCUUUUUAUUAUUAUUUUUUUCUUCUUGAGAUGUUUUGAUGUUUUGUUUUCUUUUAAAUUUGUAUUAAAAAGUUGGCAAAUGUCGAUAUUCCAAUUAAGAGAAGGACACGACAAGACAAACACUACAAAUGCAGAGGUGAAAUAGAAACAUGGUUUAAUUUCUCCUCUUCUCUUUUAUGCAUUCUCACACUAUUAGGUGCAAAAGACAUUGUAGCACCGUCUGAUCGGGAGCUAAGAUGGAGGCGCCCAUUUGCAUCCAGAGAUGUGGAUUUCUUUCAUUUUAUUUAAUUGUAUUUUUUUUUUUUUUAAACUUCAGAAAUAUUAAUGUAACUAUAGGGAUGAGUAAACAUAAUAUUGAAAAUCCUAGGAAGUCACAUUCCCUUUAACAGCUGGUGCAUAAUGGGGUUCUCUGACUCUCUACGUCAUAUGUAUGUUCUGUAAUUACCUAUUCAAUUUCCUUAUUUCACUCCUUCUAGCCCCACAGUAGGCCCUAAUAAUUGUGUUUGAAUAUAACAGCUAGUAUUGUAUUGUGUGGUUUCUAUUCUUGAAACAUUUUAUGCUUGUUUAACAACUUUAACUUUACGAUGGAAUCCCAGCCAAAUUCUCUACAAACACUUUAACUUCCUGGAUGCUGUAGACAUGGGCUGCAGUUGAGUGAAUGGAUGAAGCCAAGUACAAUCAGGAAUUGGAGGGAUCAAUACUGGUGGGUGGGUGAAACUGGAUUGGGAAGGGACAUACUGUCCUGGGAGUGAGCUCAGCUAUGCAUCAAGUGUCUGCGCUAAGUGACCAUUCCACUAAUGGACAAUCGACCCUCCACCACAGGACAAUGGACCUUCUACCACAGGACAAUCGACCUUCUUCCACAGAAACAUGAUGUGAAACCUGACUUGCAAAUAUAUGGAUUUUACAGGAUUUCUUAUUUCAGCAAGUGUGCCUUAACCUUGUCUGGACAAAUGUUGGUCCAUGAGGUUAUUGCUAUCCGUUUUCAAACAUCCUAUUCCAAAAAUGUAAUGACCCACACAUUUAAUUAUUGCUGGCUGUAUAGACUAACCAACGCAUAAUAAGUGGAACAUUCCACUUUAGCGAGAAUGUAUAGGGACAAGAUUGUGGUGCCUUCAUUGUGUUAAAAAUAGGUUACUAAGGGGUGCUAAUAUAUGGUCUUGUAGUCACCGACAGUAAUACAAUUUAUAGGGCAAUGGUGUAUAUGGAUGGAGUAAGCUUUGCUAGCACACAUGGGCAUGUGUAUUUAAGGUAGAGUCUUACUCUGAGGCCAAGUUGUUCCUGUACACCAAUCCUCCUCUAGUGAUGUUGCUACCUAUCUCUGGAGGAGGAGGGACAGGCUGAGGAGAGGAAGUGGACGUCACGGUGCUAUUGGUUGUUUGUUGCCAGUUACCUUAUAUGCACAGAUUUAACAUUAGCCAGUCUGGAACUGUCAUUCUGGGCAGGCUAAUGAGGCUGUUGGAGGUAGAGUCAAACCUCCUGAGCAAUGUGCAGCUAUAUCUCUGUAUGUGCAAUGUUUUAAACGCUUCACAUACAAACUCAAAGCACCAUGACCACAUCAAAACACUGCAGGGAUCAUGGUGCUUGAAGUGACCCUUCAAGCAGGUAAAAUGGAGCCCAGAACCGUUUUUUUAGAAGACACUAACCUUUUCCAAAUAUUUGUGCAUGUCGCUUUGUAUAUUUUUCAGUAGUAAAGAUUCUUUUUUUUUUUUUUUCUUAAAUUAUAGUCUAGUUUUAUUGACAUAAAUUGGCAGAACUGUCAACACAUGGUUAUUUUACAAGGAUAUUAUAUACUCACAAACCGUUUUCUUUUAUCUCGAGGUUGUCUUGUUUUUGCUAUAAUUCUUUUAUUAUACAUAAUAUUCUGGUGAUUUUCCAAGUUCUCACAAAUGCCAAUAUUUUUUUUUUUCUUAUUUUACAGAAAUUUUAAUUCUCUCAGCAAGGAAAACGUUUAUGAAAAUAACCACUUGGUAAGUGUGUACCUGCAUUUUAUAGUUUCCAUUUAAAAUGUUAUUACUUACAUAUUAUGGUCUUGUUUAUUAUGUAGCUACAUUUAUUACAUAUAUUAUCUAUUUUUAUAAAGGAGACUGUACUUAAAGGGGAAACAAUCAAUUUCCAGCAUUUUAAUAUUGACUUUACGUAUCCCUUAUAUUUUAACACAUGUGGUUUGUAAAGUCUAAAAUAUAAAAGUAAAUAUAGAAAUUUACACUUUUAUACUGGAAAUGAGAGCCUCCAUCUUGGGUCCCUGUUAGUCCUUGUGGUGGCCCUCCUAGAAGUCCGUCUCCAUUCAGCAAACAGUGUGAUGUCGGCACAGGAGGUGUGGGCUGCAGGGAGAAUGUUUAGCUUUCUUUCUUUUAUCUAUUUCUUUUUUUUCUUUUUGUGGAGAAGUGUGAGGGACCAGCACAUCAAUUUGUACUUAAACCAAGAGAGUUGUUUUUUUUUUUUUUUUUGCGUAACCUUUGAAAUAGUUUACUGUUUUUAAUUUAUUUUUAUGAAUAUAUAUGAACCUAAAAUUUCCAACUUUUCCCCCUCCACGUCAUUUUGAAACGCUCCCUUAAAAAAGUUAAAACCAAAAAAAGUACUAACCCUAAAUUGAACUCUCAAAGUGCCUUAUCUAAUAAAUGCAUUUCUUGUUAGUCUAGUGUACAUCCUUUAUGUUGUGUACACUUAAAAAAAUUUUUUUUUAUUGUAGUAGAGCAUGCCUCUCAACAGUCUCUGAUUCAGCUAGAUUGUUUUGAUUUGGGGCUUUUAUCCCCUGUUUGUUCUCCGGUGUUGAACUUAAGAGAAAACGAUAGACAAGUCCUCAGACAGGCCCUGUGCGUGUGUCUCAUCAGACUGGCUCAGGCUAUGUAGACUCAACUCGGGAUAUUCAGUCUAUUCAAAAGUGCUUCAAAAGCACUUUGCACAUAGGAUGGCCUGAGUGGACUUUUUUUUUCAGAUGGGAUUUGCUCCUUUUAUAGAGAUAUCAUCGGGUCACCCCUACUUGUUCUUUCUACACUUAUUAGUUUCGGGGGUUAUAGAACAGGUUCCGCAGGUCUCCUGCGCAUUUCAUGUUAUGGGAUAAACACAUUGAGCAAUAAAUCCAUUAAGUCUCAUACUUUCGGUUUCAUUUUCUUGCUAACCUACGUUUAAAAAAACAAUUCUGGAAGGACUUCUAUUUAGCAGACUGCUUUUCAGUGAACAGUGUUUGUUGUAGGCUAACUCAAAAAACUGUAUUCAGUUCACCCCUUCCGGUCUCACGUAUUUAGUAAACCUCUAACCCGGGUCCCACCAUAUAUUAUUAUUUUUUUUUUUCUCAUUACUUUUCCCAUCACUUUUAGCCUACUGGUAGACUGUCUGAACAUCACGAAUAUAUGUAUCAAUUAUUUAAUGCACCAAAGUUAGCUGUCAGUGCUGUAUAUAAUACAUUGUGACCUGCAAACAAUAGACUUACACAUGUUUGGUUUGCUAGGUCAAUCCUAUUUAGCCAGUGUAGUGUGAUAUAAAAAAAAAAAGGCCCAUUUUAAAAAAAAUAUUAAAAGAAUGUAUGCUUUUAUUUCUGACUUGGCUUAGUAAUUUUACUCUGCUUCUCAAAGUAAGUAUGUAUUUGAAUUGAACAAAAAUUCUCAAACAGAUUACUGCAUUUUAAAAAAUAUAGCUUUUUAAAAAAUUUUUUUUUUUUUUUAAACCAACCUAUUGUGUGCGCUAACUGGACUUUUUUGUGUGCCCUCAUUCACCUGAUCCCUUUGUCAUUGCUACAGGCAUUCCAUGUUGCCGAAGAGAAACUUGGCAUUCCUGCUCUGCUCGAUGCAGAGGACAUGGUCAGUCUUCGUGUCCCAGAUAGGCUGAGUAUCCUGACCUAUGUAUCACAAUACUACAAUUACUUCCAUGGCAGAUCUCCCAGUAAGUAUGCUCGCUCUGUUCAACCCACUCAUCUCUUGUUUGGAUUAGAUAUUCCCAUUGUCUCAGGGGUUACAUUCAUCUCAGAACAGACAAUGGGAUACUGUGUGAAGGGCAUUCAGAGCUUCCUUGCACCCUGCAGGAGAUUACCGUAUAUCCAACUCUUUUAAAGGAACAGGUUACAGUAUUACCCUCGAUAUAACCAUUAACAUUUCGUGGCUUUUGAUGUAAAUAGAAAAACCGUUUUUAACGCAAAAUCCUCUUUCAAGCACUCAAAUAAUGACAUGGAAACCCACAGCUAAGAAAAUCACCCAAUGUUUUAAAAGCCCACUGAUGAAUGAUACUAUGUAAAUAUUGUAAAAUAAGUACAUUGCUAAAAUAUUAUCAUGCAGCCAGAAUAGGAUUGAAUUUGGGCAAGUGUGAAAAUAUGCAUUGUAAUAGAUUAUUAUUAUUUAUAAAGCACCAACAAAUUCCAUAGCGCUGUACAAUGAGUGGACAAAUAGACACAUAAUAGAUUUAUAUUUUUAUUAAUAAAAUUAUUAUAUUGGUUUUUAUGGAGCUGGCAUAGUGUAUACAAUUUGACAUGUGCUGGUUUAUCACAUUUUUGAAUUUUUUUUAUUUAUCUUUUACUAAUUUUUUGUUUGGUUUUAUUUAAUGUUGAUCAGUGUAUAAUUUGCUUGCUGCCUCGAUUGUUCUUUAGAGACCCUCAUCCCCCUUCUGUGUGAAAUCCCCUUUCAAGUGGAUUCAGAAACUUUCCCGUUACCCUGGAGCUGUGUUUAAAAUGUUUUCAAUUGUACUAAUUAGCCACAGCGAAAAGCUUUCUCCGAAACCACAGUGGUGAACGGAAUGUCCCAUCUCCUGACAAAUGACCUCCCAUUCUGGCCUCUUGUCCUGCUUUUGAUUUGCUACAUUACAAAACAAAAAUUACAACAACAAAAAAAUCAAUUGCUAACCAAGAUUUUAAACAAAAUGUAAGGUUUCUAAGCAAAUAGAUUAAGGGUUAGCAGUAGAAGGGGGUACCCUUAUUUACUCCCCGGCUCAUAAAAUAGUCUAUAUCACUAUAUCUCUAACUGCAUGAUCGAUUCAAAUUUUUGUGCUUUGAAAAUUCUUUGCUUUUGUACACAAACAAAAGUUAUGUUAAUAUUCAACAUAAAGUCAACAUAUAUAUAUUUUUUUAAAGUGAAAGUAGGAUCAUUGCUGCAUCAGACCACACACCGAAACAUCUUUAACUAAAAUAGAUGUGUUUAAAAACAAGUCUCUGUAGACAAAAUAUUUUGGUCUUGUUUUCAAUGACUUACUGUUACACUAAUAGCUAUUUCUCGGUCACAAAAUGACCCACAAAUUCCCAAUUACGCCCACCCCCUAAUCACUACUCUUAGACCAAGAUAUGCGUCUUUUGCUGUUUGGCAUGUUGAGUGUGUGGGGGAUGUUAAACUUGCAUCUGAUGUGCCUGUAGCCACAUAACUUGGACUAUAGACAUAUCUAGAUUUUAGUCUCAAACCUAUUUAUGAAACCCUUCCUCAGGCAUGUUAAACAUGCUAUAAUGCAAUUGUAAACACAGAACAAAAAGAUUACAGCUUAGAAGAUUUCUCUUCUAGCAGUUUGUAGCUCUGAAACAUUUAUAGUUUUAAAAAUCUUGUUGCAGUUAGACUAGUGGACCAUGUUCUACCGAAAACUCAAAUGUUACCGUUAAAUAAUCUCGCUUUAUUUGACAGCUAACUUAUAUUGUAGCGCAGUACGAUACAGGGUUUGGUAUGAGGCAUAAUCAAAAAUUUACAUUCAGCCGGUGAGGAAUUGCUUGUUUAGUUUUUAAUUUAAUGCUAAGCAUUAUCUCUAUGAACCAGUUACCACUUUGCGGAGCGGAAAAUAACUCUCCAGUUUAAUUUCACCUUUAACAUAAAACAAUUUAAAAAGCCUAGGAGUUUGGUUUCCAUUAAUUUUAACGUUUGCAAUCCGAUAUCUUGGAUCAUUCGUACAGGAUCUAAAAGUGAGAUGAACCCCAUUGUACAGCGAUACGGAACUUGCUGGCGCUAUAUAAAUAAUAAAAAUAAAUGGUUCUGCAAAAUGAUUCUUAUCAAUGGAUAUUCGACCUCUGUUGGUAAAGUGUUAAAUUUCAUAACAAAGACAAAAUUACUAUUCACUUACCCAAAGCCGCAGACUGAGACAGCACUUGCCCCCUGUAACAUAACAUAUGGCUUUCAAAGGCAGUAAAAGCAUGUUAUUUAUUUAUUGCGUUCUUGGCUUCCUGCAUGUAUUUUCUGCUAAAUGCUACAGAGGAAUUCAACCGUGUCUCCCAGCCCCUAGCGUCCCACAGUAGGGGAUUGUAGGCAGAGGAAUGACACAUUGUUUUGUGUACAGAACAGUCGCACACACCGUUUAUUUCCCAGAAUCCUCUAUAUCUGUCUUACUGGAAAUGAAUGUUUCCCGGCUUACGCCACUGUUUGAUGGAGCGAAUAGUUCUUUCAAUCAACUCAACAGAAUGCCAACACAGAUGGGUGUUUUUAACCCGUUGAGGAACAAUGGCUGUUACAAAGUGUCUGUUAUUGACUGCGGUGCCCAAUAAUUCUACUGGUGCAAAAUUAGCAAGAUAUUCAACACUAGCAUUGUGUAUACAUAGAACCAACUGUAUCUUUAAAAAAAACUCUCCAUACACCAAAACCACAACAGCAAGCAAGGGUUUAAACUUCUGCUCUAACAAAAAUCAGUGUUUGCAACCUAUCAUUUCCGAAAGCUGAUGUUUUGGACAUGUGUGAGUGAAGCUCUUUGGCUGAAAAGAGAAUGGUGGAGAACCGUCGAUAUAGUCUACCUGAUAAACCCUGUAAUCGUAUCCAUGAACUUUUCAUUUCCUCAUUUCAUGUAGGUCUCCACACUAAGACAUCUGCUUUUAGUUACGGCGUUAAGUAGCAUAUCCACCAAUUCGUAGUCAUUGGAAAAAAAAAACCUGAAUUCAAGCCCUGUUUUAGUUUUAACUCGGUACAAGUUCGGUAACUUAAAAUAAUAAACUCGUGUGGUGGCUUAUAGCUCGCUGUAGACCUCAUUUUGGAAACCCUGCUAGCUUUGGUUAGAUGUAAACAAACAAGUGUCAAUUUCACCAUUAGGUGUGUUUUUAUAAAACUAGAGCUAGGCCUAUUUCCUUAUCCUAUCACUGCUUACAGACCUGUGUAAAUAAGGAAAUGGGGUCUGAAAUAGGCCUUGAAGUUCUUGUGGCUAUGUUCUGUGGAAGCUUAACUAGUCUGUCUUGUUGUUGUUUCGUAUUCCUCUAAUUUGCUUGGAUCAAGGUGUGCAUUUCUCGGAAAUCAAAUAUUUCCUCAAUAAAUAUCAGUGGUGUUUGUAGAGAAUUUGGCUGGGAUUCCAUUGUAAACUUGCCACGCUGGAAACUGGCACAAGUUUGUUCUCAUUGUGGAAGCUCGUGGAGAAAAAUGUUUACAAAUAAUACCUUGUUUCAUAUUUAUCAAGAGCGAGGGCACAAAACAAUACACAGCCGAUCAAACUGACAAAUGAUGAAAGUGAAUAAUUGUGUAAUAAUCAUGGGUGCUUUAAUUAUCCUCGUUAAUGGCUCACUGAAGAGGAAUGGAAUAAUAAUCACAGUGACAGUGUAUUCGAGGUCAGCUCCAGUGUUGUAAACAUUAAGCCGGGUUUGUUAUAUAGGAGAACUGGAGAUUCCCUGGCAAAUCACUUUCAGGGCUGGAUUAACGAGAAGGUGAACAUUGCGCAAUAGACAUUUUUGGGAAAAUCUGUCGUUUUCGCCACCUAUUAAAUUUAAAAUCCUGUUUGUGUUGAUAAUGUUGAAUGUGGAGCUCCUUGUGUUUAAUUGCUACACUGAAACUGUUCUAUCUAUUAAAUACUCUAUUAAAUACUAGUGAUAUUGCUGUGUCUGAGCUUUAACAUAUUUUGCACCUCUUAUCUUUUCCAGUUGGUGGUUUGGGGGCUGUUAAGCGUCCUCCCCCAGAUACUAUUGAGGAGCAUGCUGGCAAGAAAGUUACCAGUCACACUCCAGCUUUGCAACCGCAGCCAGCCCCGAGGACAAACCCCUCGAUACUCAAUAAGAACUCCGUCGUGGAAAACCCACCUGUGAGAGCGGUAAGUCCAAUCCAAGGGGCUGUAGUGCUUACAUGGUCAUCUCGGUUGGAAAAGUACUCGAGUCCAUGAAGUUCAACCUUUUUAAAACACAUCUUUUUUAUGCUCUCGAUCUAAAAGAAGGCAACAAAACAAAACAUUUUUGAAGGGAUUGCCUACUUUGCCACAAAAAGGGAAAAUAAAUUCCUUCUUGACUCCAUAAUGGCAAGAUGAUUUCUCCUUCGAUCAACAACCUGUUAACACACAUUAAUUAUAUCCUUAAUUAUAUCUGCUUAUGUUGCCAAGAGUGUCCUGUGGCCCUCCACCGGUUUAAUGCCAAACUAUUUAAGGUUUGACAAGGUUAGCCCUGUGCUCUCAGCCAAUCACGGCUGUCAAACCCUGCCAAGAUACAAUUAUUUCUUUUUUGGCACAUUUUGCCCAAAUGAUGUUUUCACCUGGCCAGGUUCACUCCAGUUUUUAGUGUUGAUCUAAAGGAGCUUGGAAAGGGGGGAAAAAAAAAAAUAUUUGUUGCCAUGACAGCACAUAAAGCUUUAUCAAACUCUUGUUUACAAGUAUUGAAAUAAGAUUGAAAAGGCAGAUUUUAAUUGCGUAAGCGUUCCUGCCUUCCGCCAAUAUUUUAUUCUGAGUAUAGCAUCCAUUUUAACUUUCUCUUCCUGUAAGUUUGAAACUUGAUACAAUCAUUUUAAGAUAGGCGGAGCUUUUGAUGUACCGAUUUGCAUACACGUUCCCAUAAUUCUUUGCUGCCGCAGUAAAAGUUUUGAUGUAAAUGCAUUUGGGUUCUGCCUGGCCACACCUUCUAAUGCCAUUCUUUAUUAUAUAGGGUAUAAAGGAAAUCAACAGCAAUGGUAUGAUCAGCAGCAACUGCACAAUCUGUGGAAACCACGUCCAUUUGGUCCAGAGACACAUGGCGGAUGGAAAACUUUAUCACAGGAACUGCUUUAAGUGAGUAUUUCAUUAGUAUUUUUCCUGGUUUGAUGUGGAUGUAUUUAUGUUAAACUGUGAACUUUUCCAGAUAAUAGAUUUUCAACAUAUCCAUAAUGUUUAUACUUCAUGAUCUAGGACAAGGGUGGAUGAAUGUAUAGAAUUAUGGGGAUCUAGCAAGAUUCUAAUAGAGAAACCACUCAGAAUGCUGGUUCUUUUGCACAUAUAUUUAUUUAUAAAAUAUUUUACCAGGAUGGAUACAUUGAGAUUUCUCUUGUUUUUAAGUAUGUCCCAGGUCCCCAAAACAUUGCAUUGUUGCAAUAGGAUACAAUAUUACAAAAAUACAAUAUACAAACCACACACACACACACACACACACACACACACACACUCUUAAUACAUAACAGGUAAUAAAUAUAUUCAACAAUGACAGGUGCAUUCUGUGUUGAGGUAUAUUGCCAUAGAUCUCUUAAAAUAUUUUAGAUUGAAUGAAGAUUUGACUGUGUCCCUGAGAUUAUUCCAUAAUUGCGGUGCUCUGUAGGAAAUGGAGGAACGAGCCACUUUAUUUUUGUAUUGCGGUAUGCUAAAUAUCAUGCUAGUACUGGAUCGGAGGUUAUAGGAGGUGGGAACAGCUGGGGGUAGGGUGGGAGCUUCCCAGAGAUGCUCUUAUGCACAAGGCUGGAAAAAUGAAGAGUGCGUUGGGAUUUCAGCAACGUAUAAGCUCUUUUGGUGGGUAAAGUAAUUAUAUUCUAGUGCAAAGCGGCAGAAUGAAUUAUUUACUGUUUUAAGUUUAUUAAGGUGGGUUUGCGGUCCGGAUGCAUACACUACAUCCCCAUAAUCAAUGACCGGCAUUAGCAUUUGUUACACUAUCUGUUUCCUUACUGUAGAGCUUAGGCAGGAUUUGUUUCUGUAUGGGGCACCUAGUUUUGGGUAAAGUUUUGAAGAUAUUUUUUUUUCAAUGUGAAGGCCAAAGGAUAGAUUGGGGUCUAGCAACAUACCCAGAUAUUUAUCAUUUAUCGUCAAUUAAUUGUUCACAACUGCUUGACCAACUGCUUGGCCAAUUUUUCUAUACACCAGCAAAGCCAGAAGGUAUUCAUUCCACUAUAGCAGAGAAGUGAACGUCCUAAUAUAUCUAGAGAUUGAGUACUUAGUGUUAAUAUUUAUUUUGACUGUUAAUUAAAAUUAAAACUGAAAUAAUUUAAUCUUUCAGAUGCAAGCAGUGUUCUCGCACCUUACAGCCAGGGAGUUAUAAAAUUGGAGAUGACCCUGGGACAUUCAUCUGUAUCAAUCAUCAUCCCAGCACAACCUCACCAGUUACCUCCAACACAAGCCCCUCUGGGCCAUACAAACCUGUAACAGGCCAAAACGGUCCACGCUUUACAAGUCCUGCAGUGAAGGAACAGAAUAACAAGACUCCUACCUCUAAAUUUUCAAGUAUAACAAACUCUGUUCAAAACGAGACACCUAAUAGGACUGCAAUGGGAUUUGGAGGGAGCAAUAAAAGCAGUCCAAAUAUUGGUAUAUCUACAGGGCAGUCUGAUAAAGUUACACACGACUAUCAAAUGCCAGCCAACAAAGAGAGUCCAAGUAUUGCAAGCACAAAUACUCCAGAGAUGACAAAUAGGACAGCGGUUGGUUUUUAUAAGACUCACAAAGAGACGCCAAGUGCCGUCAAAGCAACAGGACCUGAGAACACACCAAAAGCUGCUCCUAAUAAUGUAACUAAUCGUGCGCCGCUAAACAUUCCUGCACAAGCUUAUUUACAAAGCCUCAAAGAAAAAAACAAUACAAACUCUUCAUUGCACCAGCACACUCCUGCACAGAAGGAAUCUAAAAAAGAGCCAGAGACAUUUGGCCAACAAACAAAGCCAUCCAAUGCCAUCACUGUGUCCUCCAGUUUUAGUGGAAAGUGGUCACCUUCUCCUGUAGUGAAAAAUCAACCAAAAGAUGACUUCUCUUCCCCAAAACCCUCAUCGUCUACUGCAAAAAUCAAGGAAGCUCGUGAUAAGUUUUUCCAGUCAACUCCUGCAGUUGUAGAACCUAAAAAUAAUCAACCACCUGCUGGUAAAGAGUCUCCGAAAAUCGCUGUUUCCAAUGGACCAGGGAGGUCUCUAGCAAUCACUUCAGUAACAAAAAAACCUGAGGAAAAUACUGAUAAAGACAAGGCACGAAACUUAAUCCUCAAAGCUAUACCUAAAUCUCCAAGUGGAACAGAUGAGUCCAAAAGUGGAGUCUUUCCACAAAGGUACCUAGCUAUUCCUUGUUUCAGUAAUGGUGUUUGUCUCUCUUUAUUUCUCUUGUGUACCACCUCCAAACGUGUUGGCGUCUGAACCCAGUGACUUCACGUCCCUCCAUUCUUAUACUCCGUAGCUAGCACUAGCAAUAUCUGCUAGGUAGUUGACAUACCAACCAUUGUGCAUGUGCAUUAGUUGCUAUGGGUGAAGAGCUCGUGAGGACCUGUUCUGCUCUACCUGUCUCUCAAUUCCUCUGCAUAGAGUGUCCAUAGAGGAGUUGACAGUCAGAUUGGAGCAAAAAUGUAUUUUAAAGGGUAACUUUAAUAAGUUAUUAUAUCAUUCUCUGUUCAUUGAACUAUAAUCACACACCGAAGGCUCCAGCAGGCAGUUAACAGAGCAGAGAUAAGAAAUUCUACGUUAAACACAUUGUGUAAUAAAGGAAGUUUAAAAAUUUGAUUUCUCUCUACAGGAAGUGUGUAGAGAGGCUGUGUAAUUCACAGCCAGUGGAAGUGUGGAUAGGGCUGCAUAAACAAAGUGACUUAACUCCUAAAUGGCAUAUAAUUGAGCAGUGAGACUGCAGGGGCAUGAACUAUACGCUAAAACUGCUUCAUUAAGCUAAAGUUGUUUUGGUGACUAUAGUGUCCCCUUUUUCAGUUAAGUGGAACGUGAAAUGUUAUCAUUAAAAAAUUUAAGAUUUUAAAUAGAGUUAAGUGUUAAUAAGUGUACAAAGCCAAUUAUAACACGUAACAUGACUUUUUCUCUUUUUUAUAAAUUUACCUAAGCAUUCACAAAUUUUGUGUACAGUGGAGCUGUAAUGUAAAACAUAAAUAUUUUCUGUUGAACUUUGAGGUCUGUGGCUGUAUACUUUCAAGCCUACUUUUAUAAACAUUAUUGUGUGAUUGUUUUCAGGUGGGCCUGGUCUUCCUAGCAUAUUUCAAAGUGAAAGUAUUGCUAAGAAUGAUAAACAUUAUUCUGGGUCUCACUGAGGUUUUAAUUAUUUUUUUUUUUGUUUGUUUACUUUUCUAAUUGUGUUCUUUUUUUAAUUUUUAUUACAUUUCUUUUUAAAUAGAUGUAAACUCCUGGUUUAAAAAAACACAAAACAAGCAACCUAAAUGUAGGAAGGCAUUUAGUCUGUUACUUUGCCAUAUUCCCCCUUUUUAAUUGAAGCUAUUUUACCUUCUCGUAGGAUUCCAUUUUCACUGUUUAAUUCAUAAAUAUAUAGAGAUACAACAGGAGUUGAGCCCCAGGUAUGUUAGUUUGCAAUCUAGUUUUUUUGCACUUUUAUUCAACAUCCUGAACAAGAAUAUGUUUUGUGCUUAUAUACUAAAGCAAUAACUUGGGCAGUUGAGUCACAAGUUUGGAUACAAAACGUGGAGAUUUAAGAGGUCAUAAAGCAGAAUUGGUUAAGUAAUCCAUUGGAUAAGUUAGAUCUGAUCACAGCCAUAUACAGUUAUCUGGAAGACCACCACGGUUUAUAAAAGGCUGGUUAAAUAGUUUUACAACAUCCAAUAAAACAUUUGGCAAAACCUGUAAUGAUUUCUUAAUAUGUAAUGCUCAUCUAUAUGUGUACAUCCUUGCUCGUCUUUCUUAUAUGUUGUUAUACAACAAUUUCUUGAUCUGCUGAGCUAAAUUUGACUUAAAUCUGUUCUCCCCCUUGUAGGAAUAUGGAUACUCCUCAAAGUGUAUCGAAACCACCUGGUCUGAAAGAGGAACCCAAGAGACCAGUACCGAAAGAACGCAAGAGUAAGAUGCCUGCAACUGUAUCCAAACCGGAGCCUCCCAAAAGCACUCCAACGGUCACCGUUACCAAAGGAACAGCCACCCCGACUCCAGAAAAAAAUUCUAUUCCUAACACUAGUGGUCCGUCCAGCAAUGUGAAGGUCCAGAAGGGAGAUGAUCCACCCCCGAAAGGCGAGUAUCCUUUUUCUAUUUGCCAUCAUCCGGAUUAAGCUUACUGCAUACCCUAGGGAAAUAAAAUGAGCAUAGCCAAUGCUGAAUUUUCCAUUAACGCAAGCCUUUGGACGCCAUCAGAGAGUUGCCUUUCUUCCUCUCUCUAUGUGAAAGCUUUUGAAGUGUGUCUUAGUGUUAAUUUAAUUCUCUUUGUUAUUUUAAUGAGAUUGAUUUCACAUUAUAGCUCAAAUGCCCAGCUCCAAAGUAUCAAAGGCCGAAGGCCCAGAAGACUGGAGAUCUAUGUUGAAGUCAGUCAAUACAAGACCCUCCAUUGAAGGGUAGGUACACAAUUGUCCUCUGCCGGAUAUUAUUAUUUUUUUCUUUUUUUCUUAAUCAAUGUAUUCUAACUAUUUUUAUUGGUAGAAUGGAGUAAAUAAAACAUGGUUCAGGCACAGAAAUGGAUUCAGUGUCGCAACAAUAAAAGGCCACCAAAUCUGAGACAUGGCGAGUAAGCUAUUUGCCAGAUUCUCACCUGACAUAGCCACCAAUCUAAUGGUACACUCCAAGGAUUAUUCAAAAAGCAGCCAACUCUACGGAGUGAAAAGCAAAUUUCAGAAUUUAGGAAAAAGUGCUGAUUUGGAAAAAUUCGGAACAAGUUUACAUGCACAUUUCAUUCCUUAACUCAUUCUUCAAAUCCUAAAAUAUUUUAGUGAAAUAACUUGAAAAUGAAACCAUUAGAUUGCAUGAUUUAUUUAAAAAAAAUAAAUUUAAUUCACUACAUAGCUGCAAGAUAUGGACAGUUAAAGGAGAAAAGGAUUGGCAAUGAUUUUUCUUAUUACAAUAAAAUCUCUCCAACUUAAUACUUUUUAAAAAUAUCUGUCCUUCUUGAAGUCCACUUGGUAGGGUAGGGCGGUAGGGUAAAAUGUGUGUUUUCUUUCUCCUUCUGUGACUGUCCUCUAAGUGUUCAUUUUAUAAUUUAAUUUUGUUCAGUCCCUGUUACUAACCAGGCUGACAUUUUGGCAUCGAGUCAGUUCUUCUGCUUGAAUUUCCAUAAAUAGGAUUGUCUGUGUGAACUAGUGUAUGAUUAACUCCAGAUCUCCAUUAUUCACCCCCCUUUCCUCAUUGUGCUUAAAUUCCACAUGUCAGAUGGAGUGAGUUUUAUAUGGGUUGUGACAGAUGUAUUUACACACAUGUCUGGGGAAAGUCCCAGGACCUCUGGAUUAGUAACCCCUAUGGUACCCCUGGAAAUAUUCCCUGCGUGUUAAGCGGCUGUUUGUCAUUUUCCAGUAGUGGAACGAAUACAGCCAACCAAAGACGUUUGGAUGAAUGUUCCAGAAGUAGGAGAAGGAAAUAAAAAAAUAAAUACAUUUAUUAAUGUAUAGACCUCCAUAUUGAGUUAAAAAAUAAAUCUUAAAAAAAUUACUUUUUUUAUAGAUAGCGCUGUUCUAUUUAUUAAUACAUUUUUUUAAUAAAUUCUAGUAAUAGGUUCUUUACUGCUUUAGUAGAUCAGGUAAUCGCGCUAGAAGUGUCCUCAAUAAGAAUUCUUCUUUAGAUACCCACCAGACUUUAUGUAUACAUGACCAAAGGUUUCUUGUUUAGUGUCUGUAUAGAGAGCAUUUGGAACGAACGUUUCCUCCGAUGAAUGUGUAUAAACAAAAAUGUAUCCAUGAGACAGGAUAUAAAAAUUGUAUUUUGUAUGAUUACUUAUUUUCCAAAUUAUGAGGUAAGGCAUAUGCUUUUAUUUAUAUUAUCCCCAGUGUGAGAGUUGGGUGUUAAAAACAGGGAGUCUGGAGCAAGUACCAAUCAGAUGUGGUUCCUUGUGGAUGUCUGUGUCACUGGACAUUAAAACGAAUCUGCUAUUUUGGCAGACCAUAGAAUCUUUUAUGUAAGGUGCAUCCAAGUCACCUGUCACUAGGUGUGCAGUUAAAGAAGUUUAUACACUAAAUAGGGAAUUGUAGCAGAUUGAAAACUAGCACAUGUUAGGCCAAAAUAUUCAAUUUGUGACGGUUGCCGAGUUGGAGAAUUUUUCAGGUCAGCUAUUUUGCCGUAUGUUUUUUUUUGCAAUUUGUUUUGUGUUUCCAAAUUCUAUGCUCAGGAGUGAGAAAUGCUUUUUUAAAGCGACAUAAAGAAUCUUAACCUGAGGUUUCUCCCCUCCCCCACAGGGCACAACUUGAAAAGGAAAAAUCACAUCUCCGCGUUGAAGACAAAACAUCACAAAAGAAGCCAGUUUCAAUCAAUUCAACAGUCACUGUGAACAUCAACACAAACUCACCUGGGAAAGAGAACAAACCUUCUCAGCUCAUUGCAACACCUACAGCAACAAGCCAGGUGGCCAAAGGUGGUGAGAAAGGUAAUAAUCUAUAGGACAAAUGCUUGUAGUUAUUUAUUAAAAUGCCUGGAAUUCUAAGUUAAUUUCAGACUGUAGAACAACUUAGCUCAUUGAGAGAUUUUUUCAAGUUUGGCUGUAUUUGUAAAUCUGUAAAGAUCGCACUAUUAUUUCCUGGUUAGACACAAAAAGAAGGGAUAUUUUCAUUUCCCUAUACUGGCAAUCCCAGUAAACCCUUCAAUAUCAUUUACUACUGUAGAUAAAAAUGGAACGGUUGUGCACAAGGAAAGGUGCCAGCUGCUGUUUAUAGCUAACUUUAAACAAAAAUUCGGUAAGAGACUUUAGUAAAUGACUGUGUUAAAGCUUUACUUCCUGAACAGAUUUUCUUUGUACUGCUAAGAAAAUAAUAUUUAAAAUACAGUCCAAGAUAGCCUGGAACACACUGGGCAUUUCAAGAUCACAGUUGUAACAAUGUUUAUUGGUACACAAAAAUAAAUGUAAAAAAAAAAAAAAGCCUGUUAAAAAAGGGGUUCUCGUAUAUGUUCUUAAAGGAACCCUAUAGAGUCAGGAACACAAACAUAUUUAGGUGGCUUGCCCCCCACCUUAUUCCCCUUAAAAGGAAUUGAAACUCACCUUCUAUCCAGCGCUGCGCGGGUCUGCCGGGUCUAGCCCCGCCCCAUUGGUGACAUCAGAAUUGCCGAUUUUUAGCCAAUCCAAUGCUUUACCUUGGGGAAAGCAUUGGAUUGGGUAAUAUUGGCAAGGGCGUGGGGCAAAACACAAUUUUAACCAAUCAGCACCUCCUCGUAGAGAUGCAUUGAAUGAGGAAAAUUCAGUGUCCCAAUGCAGAGCGUGGAGACGCUGAAUGGCAGUGCUGCCUACUGUGCAACACUGCCCCAGGAAGCACCUCCAGUGACCAUCUGAGGAGUGGCCACUUGGAGGUGUCCCUAGGGGCAAUGUAAAUACUACCUUUUCUCUGAAAAGGCAAUGUUUGCAUGAAAAUGCUGGCAUAUAAUGAUUAUACUCACCACAAAAACUGCAUUAAGCUGCAGUUGUUCUGGUUACCAUAGUGUCACUUUAAGGAACAAAAGUAUUGAAUGAAUAAAACCUGGAAUGUUGCUGGAUUUUUGGGACUUGUUUUAGAACCUUGGUGUUAGAGAAAUAUUGACGAGGAUCCAGUAAUGCGCAAUGUGUUCGUAUUGCCAGUUAGGAAUUAAAGUUUUGUAUGUUUUUAGCUCCUACAGUUAUUGUGACCAUCACUCCAAAUCUACCGGCAUCCGGAAAAGACCACAAGUCUAAUCAACGACCUACUUCUCCUGCUGAAUCACAUCAAGAAGACAAAAAGGAAGAGAAAGGUAACUAUAUAUGUAUUUUUUGGAUUGAUAUAAGUGUAUCUUUUAUUCAGAACAGGUUGAUCUAAAUCGUUUGCUCGUUUAGUAAUUUAUAGUUAUUCAACUCUAGAACUUUGCAUAAUCUGUCCUUAAGGCACAAACUGGUUUUCAGGGCAGUGAUUGACACAUUGAUUUGUGAAGCCACUUGUAAAUAGAUUAAAUAAAUAAUGUUUAUUGGAUGAUUUAUGGAAACUAAAGGUGAGUCCCCUACAUAAACUCAAGUCUAGUUAAGUAUCUGGUAGGGUAAUGGAACUUCUGUGGACACUGGUGUGAUAGGUCCAAACCGUGUAGCAGAGUUCACACAGCCACCAAAUAUUGAAAGUAUACCUACACCUAGCACCUGCAUUUCUAAUUUUAAUAAAGUUGUUGAACAAGUAUUACAGCAGGUUUAUCUGCAUACUACUUGGGGUUUUUCUUUCUCUUUAAAACAAUAUAUUUUAUGUCGGAUGGUUAAAGGGACACUCCAUGCACACUCAAGACACAAACAUGUACAGAAAAAAGUUUAGCAGAUUUUUCCUUUAUGUAAAUUUAUUAUAUUUGUGUCUUUCUUAAUAUCUUCUCAAACACGGUCCUAAAAGAGGACACUGGAAAUUCCUAAGCACUUUGGACUAUACAUCCGUCUCUCUGAGGCGCUUGUGGUGAGAGUUUUUGUUUCGCUUGUGACGUUUAAAGUUAUAUAGUUUCUGUUUGUGUGUGUGUGUGUGAUUUCGCAUGUUCCAUCCCAGUGUCGUGUGCGCCUGCAUUGUGUUACUGCAUGGGUGUGUACCUUGACAUCAAAAUAUGUAUACUGGUAAAAAAAAUAAAAAUAAAUCUUAAACCCACACCAAACGCCUGCUUUCAAAGUCAAAGUUUUCUAAAAGUUUUCAUUUACCAGUUGAUACAUGCCGAAUACCCAGUGAUGACUAUCUUAAAAGCAAAUGUUAUCUUCUAGGAGAUACGUGUGCCAACAUGUACAGUGUUGUAAAAAAAAAAUCUAAUUUUUUUUUUUUUUUUUUAAAUUCUUUAUUUUUAUUGUGCAGGUGAGUACAUGGUGUCAAUGAACGCCACAACAGCGUAUAACAAGAUCAAUACAUGUUAGACAGUGGCCUGAGAAUAUGCACAUUUUUCUAUAUUUUUAUAACUAAACAGUUAUAGUAUCUAAGUUAAAGUAGAGGAGACAAAUAAUAGUAGUGACAAUUGACAAUUAGAGCUUAACAAUGCUAAAUUAGUCGUAUUAAUGCAGCUAGCACUUUAUGGCAGGUAACAUACCAGCUAAAUCAUUUCAAUAGUCGCUCAAAUAGCUGCUAUAUGCUUACAAGUCAGGUUUUUAUCUUGGCUUGUUUUGCCGCAUAUUGUGGCAUGGUUUGUCGGCAGGGUUAUGUGAAGCAUAAAACUAUUAACUACUAACAUGCCGGGCUAAACAAUUGUGUAGGUAGCGUGAUGAGAGAUCAUAGCAGUAGACAUAAAAGAAAAGAUAACAUUUGCACGUCGUUAAGCAUUACUGUUUGCUUGUAGAGCACUGUGGUUCGGAGUUGUGUGUGUUUAUGUUUUCUGCUCUCCAUGGUUGUCAGUCCUGGACACCUAGUUUAACAGGCUUAAACUGAGGGAUUAUGGGCCUGGUGCUGACCUGUCCAGAGACUUUGUGUAGAGAGUCUCCAUUAGCCGAUGCCGUCCCUUGUGAAACAGUGAGCAUUGGUUGGUGUGGUGUUGAAGGCUGCAGCAGCGGUGGGCAGUGUGAAGAUAUCCUUCCAGCCCCAGGCUGUUAUAUAGGCCUGCAUCUCGGUGCCACUAACUCUGCAACUACUGGAGCCUGAGUUUCUUCCCCUGACGGGGGCAAUGGAGGGCCUGAUGGGCUUUGGCCGCUUGCGGCGAUAAAGCCUCCUUGCGUGUGGGCGAUGCGUCUGGGUCUUCUCCCUUUUGGCCUUCAGCCCGGGUGGGCUCUGUGGUUUGGGGGUGCGUGGGUCACCUGUCGCUGUGCCCAAGGGUACACUUCCCUGUCCCCGCCGCCAGCUGCCUCUCUUACCUGCCAUCCGUGCAGGUUUCUGAAUGAUUUGUGCUGCUCUCAUGCGGUCUCUGAGUUGUGCCCAGAAGCGGCUGAAUAUUGUGUUCAGGCGCUGUGCGGUGUCUUGUUGGAUCGUCGUAUGCUGUAGCUGAUUCAGUGCAGGCAGCGUGGUGACGGCCGCCAUCUUGGGGGAGCCGUGUGGGCGCCAGCACUGCUUUAUCUUCUGUUCACGUCUCCGGGUAGCUGGUGUCUCCGAACACACUGUGCGGACCGGGAUAACCCCCGCCGGUCCAGAGGGGGGGGGGUAGGAGAUGAGUAUCGUGGAGGUUCUAUGUGCAGGGUCGCCUGCGAGGAGAGCGGACGCCUCUCCCCUACAGGGUCUCGAGUAGGCCUCUUGGUGCUGGUGCCGGUUCCCGGUAAGUAGCGGGUUAAUUACUGGUAUCGAUCGUUUUGCCCGGGUGUCCCCGACUCUGCUGUCACUCUCCAGGUGCUGUGCGUGCGUUUUUAUUGGGGUCUUUGCCCCGAAUCGUGCUAUUGUGCUCAGGAGCUCUGUUUCAGCACGUCCAUGCAGCCUGGAAGCCAGGCUCCGCCCAAAAAAAUCUAAUUUUUCAACUGUUUCACUUCACAUUCAUGUUAUGUGUCUAUCUUUUUGUCUGCCUUCUAUCUCCUUGUCUUGGGAGUCCUUCAGUCUAUUUGCUUAUUUAUGAUUUUAUUUUUCCUUUUAUUGAAAAUAAAAGUAGUUAGAAUUCCAAAUGUGAUUUAACCUUUUCCUAGUUUAACCAUAAAAACAUUGGAGAGGAAUGAACCACAGCAUGUAUUUUUCUUAAACAGUGUGCACAUUUAUAUAUGCAACUUCUUAAAGCUACACCGCUCUCAAUUUUGAUUGGUUCAGAUUUUAUUACUGACUUCUUGAAAACUUUAAGUUGGGUUAUUCCAGUAAAUCAGGGACAGUUGGGAAAUGGAAAAAGGAACUGCAAAUUGUAGGCCAAUUAAGUCUGUGAAUUCUGUUUUCAUUUCGACACAAGUCACAGCUUAUAGGAUAAGCCCUAAAGAUUUUGCGUCAGAUUGCCCAUUGCACUUUGACGCCUGCCUGUCUACCGUUUUGCAUGAUCUCAUCCUUGUUACAUAGUGACUGGAUUUUUGUUUUCUGCAUGAUAUCAUGACUGUUCAUCAUUUUUAUGUACAAGUUUCAUUGUAAAGCUAUAAAGACUUGUAAAAUGUGAAUUCAUUUUGCAUUCUUUUUAACUGUUCUAUUCUCUACUUCUUAACCCUCUCAUCCACUCAAUCAGCAGCGUCCACCUCAACUCCUUCAAGAAAAAAACUUCUCCCAGCUAAAGUGGAUUUGAUUAGUGACUGGCCCCAACCUAAGCUGAAAUGGCAGGAUGAAGGUCCGUCCAGUGACACCGAGCCACCCAAAUGGCGCCCUCAUCUGAGCAACAACACCAAUACAUCUUCUACAAACAAUACCAAACUACCACCUUUGGUCACCAAUGGCGACAGUAAUAGUAAGUGCACAUGUUUCUCAAACACAUUAAAAAUCGGGUAUAAUUGUUUCCAUUUCCUUCCCCCUAUUUUUGUGUGGCACAUUUUUUUUUUUUUUUAUAUGUAAAGUAUUUUGGGGAUAUUUUAAGGUUUUGAAAAAAAUAUUUUACGUUUAUUCAACAAUUACUAAAUAAUUUUAAAAAGUUAUUCAACAAUAUAAAAUCGAUUGAGCCAUGCCUGCUAUAGACAAUUUUAUACACUCUAAUUCACACUAAAUUUUAAGCAUUCAGUGGUUUCCAUAUUAAAUAUACGAAUUACGGCUGAUCUAUAUACUAAUCCGUUCAUUAUUCUUACAGCUAAUUGAUGAUUAGUUUCCCACACCUCUUGGGUGAAAACAAAUUCCUCCCAUUACUUUUGGCAACAUUUAGUACCGUGCUUCUGUUUUUUAAAUAUCCACCUGUAUUAUUUAUAGCUCGUUUCGUCCGCGGUCAGGUGACUGGGCCAGGUCACUGUAUGCUUUCAAUGAUAUCAGUGUUGCACAAUACCUUUCUCUAGAACACGAAAAAAAACUUCCUCCACCUCACCCUUCUGAGUCAUGUGAGCGGGAAGGUAAACUGGAAAUCCCAUCACAUGUUAGGUCAUAUUCUGUAUAAUGUUUGCUGCAUAAUGCGAAGUUAGAACCGUAAUUACCAGUGUUUCUCAAUAUAUCCUAAUUGGAUUACAGAAUGAAUUACGUGUUUGAGUGGCAACAACCACAUCAGACAUAAAUAAUUAAAACUGUAAUGUAUUAACUUACGUAAAUAAAUAGAAUUUGUUCAUAAGGGCAUUCGUUUUCGUUUUUGUUUUGUUUGGGGUUUUUUUUUUUUGCUGUGUGUGGAAAAAUGUUUAAAUAUGUAUUAAGAUUGUGUUUAUUGGCCUCCUGCCUUUUUCAUAUUUGUAAUAUAUAUAUUUUUUUUUCGUACAAAUUUGUAUUUAUUUUAUUUUCAGUAAAAACUUCCAACUAUAAGCCCCCAAAUUUCAUGGAUAAUAAAAAAGGAACAUCACAAAACAAGGUUUGUACAGAUUUGUGGUUUAUUAUGUUUUUGUUUGUACUCAAAGCCGUUCCUGUGAUUACUGUAUUCCUAUAAAGACACUAAAUACCAGGUUUAAAGUUCGUGUAAAGCACAAUGACCACUACAGCUCAUUGUGCAAAGAGACCAUUUUAUUCCAAAAACUGGGGUCUAUCGGGACCUAAAUUGAGGCCACUUGGGUACUAUGGAAGUUAAAAUUGUCAUAUUUUCCACCCUUAUCAGCACUGGGAAGCUGAUAAGCUGCCAAUAUCUUGCAGUGCCCUUACAAACCAUUUCCCAAACUGAUAUAUAUUAUUAGAAUAUAUUUUCGAUUUUCAGUUUAAAAAAAAUAAAAGUGCAAAUUUUUUCAAAUGCAGAACUCCAAAAUAUAUUUUUUGAGACGUUUGUUUAAUUUCUAUUUGUUUAACACAUCUCUCUAACAGUAAAUUGUUACAUUAGAUCAUUUGUAAAGUUUUAUAUUUUCAAUACUCUAAAAUUAAAGCCGCUAACAAGGCACAUACAUGUUCAGUGACUUUAUGGCCAUACUUUAAUUUUGCUCCAUUCAUUGGAGAACAAAUCUCUACAGCAUCUGUCAUGACAACAUGCGUUUAGAAAAAUACUCUCUGUAGUAGCUCUUUGUCCUUAAAACACAGGGGUACAACUGGGUACCCCUAAUAACCAUGGCUUAAAGGUCCUCUAUAGGCACCCAGACCACUUCAGCUCUAUGAAGUGGUCUGGGUGCCAGGUCGCUCUAGUUUUAACCCUGCAGCUGAAAACCUAGCAGUUUCAGAGAAACUGCUAUGUUUCACUGAGGGUUAAUCCGGCCUCUAGUGGCUGUCUCACUGACAGCCGCUAGAGGCGCUUCCGCGAUUCUCAAUGUGAAAAUCAGUGAGAAGGCGCUGGAUGUCCAUAGGAAAGCAUUGAGAAAUGCUUUCCUAUGGGCGGUUUGAAUGCGUGUGUGGAUCUGACGUCUGCAGAUGGAGGAGAGUUCCCCAGCACAGAGGGAGCCCAGUGCUGGAAAAAGGUAAGUGGCUGAAGGGGUUUUAACCCUGAGGGUGGGACCUACUGACCCUAUAGUGCCAGGAAAACGAGUUUGUUUUCCUGGCACUAUAGUGGUCCUUUAAUGUGAACACUUGCGGUGCUGGUGAGUAUAACUCACUUUGCUUGGCUGAGAAUGAUGGCAGUUGGUUAUUUCUAACGAUCUUUGAUAGACCCCUGACCCUAAAUGUGAAUUUUCAGGUUUCUAAACAAGUGAUGUUGAGUCGGGUGAAACCGUCAUUAAUAAUGGGUGAAUUUGGCAUUAUCAGCAAGGACAGGCAAGGUCCCCAACAUUCUCUCUGUGCUGAGAAGACCCUUGCUUUAACUGAAACCAAUAUAGAAUUGUUUGAUCAUAAACUGACAAUUGAUGUUAAAGACUCCAGGCAGUACAACAACUACAGCAAUAUAAAUAGAUGAAUCCGCUGUUACUUUGUAUAAAGAGUUGUCAAUCCCUGAUACAUAGAUUAAUGGAGAUCUCGCGCUGUCAUUGUCUGCAUUUUACGAGCAUGAUAAUAAUGAAGGUUCUUCAUGCUGGAUCGUGCAAGCUGUCUUAUAUCGUAUCUUUUAUGAGAUCACAGGGUAUUAUAGUAACAGACUAAAUAAAAGGGAAUCAAUUGGGUCAUUUUGAUCUCAUUACAGCUUAAUUCAGAAUACAUUCCAGAGGAAUACAUCCAACAGGAGCUCCAGAUUAUCGAGCAGGAACUGGACUACUUGGAGUUGCGUGGAGUGGACCUGGAGAAGCAGCUUCGCAGCAGUGAUGGAGGUGAGAGCGGGUGGGAAUAGAUUAGAAAUGGGGUGAUUAAAAUGAGUCGUUCUAGAACUGAGCCGUUUUUAUUUAUCUUGUAAUAUAGAACUUCACGAAGAUUCAAAUUUGUAGUGGAAAUUCAAUAUCCUAAAGCUUUAUUCAUAUGUUAUGAACAUGCUUGGUGUGCGUUUUUGUUCUGUUGGCUACAGCCAAUCACAGAGCUGUGACUUACACCGCUGGUUUUCAAGUGCACCUUGCUUCUGGCUGACAAUGAUUGGGUAUGGAGUCUUAGCCUAGUGACUUAUGCUUUCUGGUACCAUUCACUUAAAAUCCAACAUGAAAUCUAUGUCUAUUUAAUUGAACCAGGCUGAUAAAUUAUAAUCUUAAAGGAGCAUGACAGUCACCGAAAGUGCUUCCUCUACAGAAUUAUGACAAAUAUCAUCUUGCUUUUGGUUUUUUUCCUUCUAAAAUGAUGAAUGCACUUUUUAUUUAUUAAAAAAAAAAAAACAACAAAGUAAAAAAACCAUGCACCGUAACUACACCGAUAUCUCUCACUGCUAAGAAGACUUGGUUAGACUAGUAGACAAAAUGUUCAUCAAUACUUUUUCUUUAAACUCUUGUGCAACAUUUUCUCAUUCCAGUGAGUGAGGAUCAAACACAGUCCAGCUGUAAGCACCAUUCAGUUGAGGGGGGAAAUGUUUUUACUUUGUUGCAUGUGCAAGUGAUUUAUAGAGGGGUUCAACCCAACACGGUAUCCAAACUGCACAACAGUCCUUUUAAACAAUGCACAUGUUGGUUAAUUAGAAGAGGGUUCUUCUCAUUUUAAAUUCUUGAACCAUCAAAUGAGUGGUAAUGUUUUGCUCAAAUUGGAUUUUAUAAAAAAAGCAAAAUGUUACUACUCUUAAUUGUACAAUAUACACCACACACACACUCUAUUUGAAGUGGUGCUGUUUGGUGUAUUUAAAUUACUUUCAGAUGGUUUUGUGGCAAGUUGACACAUAUCAUAACCUUAGGAUUGUAGAAGGCCUAUCACAGAUCAGCUGCUUUCAACUUCUUUUUUUUUUUUUUUUGUAUAUUGCAUUAAAAAAUAAUGGUUGAAAGUCUUUAUGCCACAUUUGCUUAAAUUUUCCUGUCCCUUACAGAUGACUCGGAGGACGCACUCAUGGUGGACUGGUUCAAGCUUAUUCAUGAGAAACAGCUGCUGCUGAGACGCGAGUCUGAGCUAAACUACAUGUAUGUAUAGAUUCAUGUCUGUGUAUGUAGGUACAUAAAUGAUAAUGCUUGUGUAUGUUGGUUCACACAUUUCUAGCUCUUUACAAUGAACCUAACCGUAUCUUAAAGAGAUCUCAUGGACAAAGCUUUUGAAGCAACACUAGGUCACAGUAACACCACUGUAGACUUUAAUUGUUCUAACAUGUUGGCCCACAACAGCUUACUAUAUAUACAUACAUAUCUAUCCUAUCUAUCUAUCUAUCUAUCUAUCCAGCCACACCGUGCCUUGGUGGUGCUAAAUCAAGACUUUCAAUUCCAUUCUAGAUUCUUUAAAAGUGAAAUUUAAUAUUCUUAUUGCUUAUACCCAAUGUUUAUUAAAUAUUUAGUUUAAAAGGUUUUGUAGAAAAAAAAAAAGAAUAUUACAUUUAAAUUUUCACACUGCUUUAGUUCUCUCUAUGCUAGAAGGGAAUGCUUCCAUCUUGGCUCUCUCUCAAAAAUCCUUAGAAAUAUUGCCCUUUUUUCAUCGUUGAACAACGUUUUUUGGAAGAGAAGAAACAGAAACAGUGUUAAUGAUUUCUUCCUCAUUUGCAUAAUAGGCCAUGACUGUGCCUGGACUGAUCUGGAUUGUGAUGUCACUUGCUAAAUCUUUAAUCACAUUUUAACCCCUUAAGGACCAAACUUCUGGAAUAAAAGGGAAUUAUGACAUGUCACACAUGUCAUGUGUCCUUAAGGGGUUAAAGAAACCAGGGCAUCAUGUAAACAAAUUGUUACACAAAUUUAUAGGUGAAUUUCAAUAGUUUAUUCAGUGGUGUAAUUUCCCCCGACAAGACUGUUCCUCUUUUGAUUUUAUAAUUGAGAUCUUCCUUUGAAAAAAUCUUGAGCCGUAAGGAAUGAACAUAUGUUGAUACAUGUAUUUUUCACAAUCUACCAGUAAUGAAUGCGUGAUUGCUGUAUUAAUCGGGAAUUGGGAACUGGCUGGGUUGGGUCUGUGCAUAUUUGGCAUUUGGUUUUCUUGUGUAAACAUCCACUCUUUAUCAAAAUCUUAUGGAGCUACUUGUUCUUAAAGAGCCCUGGCCGCACGUUUUUAUUCUCAAAUUAAUUUUUCUGUGUUGUUGUUGUGUCUUGUGCCUGCAGUUCUAGGACACAGGUGUUGGAGAGCCAGCAACUUGACGUUGAAACCGAACUCAGGAAUUUAAUGAACAAGCCAGGUGAGCAGCAGCGAUCAGUAAACACAACUUAAUCUUGGUGAGAGGGUGGUUUAUAUUGCUGAACACAUGUCUUUCUCACUGGCUUUGCAAUCCCUCUGUUAAAAUGUCUAGAAAACUGAAGGGAGCCCUGGGGCCAAGUAGAGAGAUCAACCACACCAGUGAAUGGAAUUACCAGCUUAGGUGUGGCAUAUAGAAUAGAAGCUCUACCUUUUCUGUAUGUGCUAAAGCAAAGAGUGAUCAGUUGGUUGGAAACGUGUCGGUUACAGGAAUUCUGAAAAUGGAACUUCAGAAAUCUGGCAAUGUUUAUCUUUCUCUUUUAUAAGAUAAUCAUUUUAAAUUGGGAAAGCAGGCUAAAAAUUUGAGAGAAAAAGAAAAAAACACGUUGAUAGAAAUAUUAUAUCUAAAUAUAUAGACACUACUUUUUUUUUUUUUUAAACAUCAAUGACCCUAAAAUCUAGCCUUGUGCGCACUGUACCUCGUAUGUAUAAUGCUUGUUAAAAUUGACCUAGGAAUUGGAGGGAAGGGGCUUUCUAGGGAAAUAUAAAGUGGGGGAUGGGCUUAGGUGUAGGUGUGAGUAAAAACCACUCCACAUCAGAUCUAAAACAGAGUUUUUCUAAAAAGUCAUUUCUAGAGAUCAGAAUAGAAAGUGUUGAAUUGUUGUAGGUUUUUUUGUAGAGUACCGACAUAUGCUACAGAGCUGUGCAAAGUACAAAAAAAAAUGUAAUAAAAUGUAAAGGUAAAAAAAAAAGAGGAUGGGCUUAGUUAAAGUUGUUCCCAUAAGGAGAACAUUCCAGUAAUCAACUCCCCUGUGCGCUAAUCAGUAAAUAGAUCUAUAAUUUGUAAAUGCACGAGUGCUUUAUACAGAGAUUUAGCAAACACUUUCCCUGUCGUAGGUAAUAUUUUUGCUGCAUGGGGGUCGCUGGGGUGGGGAGUGGAAAUAUAUUUCCCAAGUUUACUUCUUGGGGGCAACACCUAACUCUUUUCAGAUUAUGGUAGAUGAUGUUGCCAGGAGCCGCAUCCUUUUUGCACCCUCAUGCGUUUGUAUUGGUAUAAGAUGGGUGCCUCUAACCACGGGAUUUGCCACUGAUCUUCUUGUGAAUGAAGAUCCCUGCGCCACCUCUUGUGCAGUGUGCAAGAUCAUGGCUUUUCCCAUCAGCCCUUCUCAGUGACCAUGUGUGGUAAUGCAGUACAUGUGAAUUUGUAUAUAAAGGUAAUUAAAAGUUUAAAGUGACAGCGAUGUUUUAAACAUUUAACAUGGAUUGCGAUCACCAUUUUAUUAAAAAAAAAAUAUAUGUAUAUAUAUGUAUAUUUUUCUUUCCUCCAGAGAGUCUGAAGACUGCAAAGGAAACUGAGAGAGAAAAGGAACUGCUUGAAAAGUACCUGUUGAUAGUCAAUGACCGGAGUGAGAUCAUAGAGUGUUUGGAUGAAGACAGAAUCCGGUGAGACAUAGCUCUGUUUACUGCUUUUUUUUUUUUUUAUUCUGCCCUAGGACUGUCCAAAUGUGGCCCUCCAGGUGUUUGGAACUUAAUGUCUAAUAUUAAUCUGAUAGCCAACAACUAGAAUAACAAACCGCUAAUAGCCGGCCAACAGUAAUGGGAAUUGUAGUCCUACAACAGCUAGGAUUUUAGAACCAGUUCUGCACACAUACCCCUGGGGGGUUUUUUUGGGGUGGGGAGGGAGGGCUCUUGGGGCCUAAUUUUUUUUAACAUGAGUUAAAAUGAAUAAAUUCAAACUUUAGUAAACAUUGAUUUUGCAGUCGUCAAACUUGUGACAAAUGGCUAAUGAUUUAAAAAACACACUGCAGAACUCAUUCAAACCUUAGAGUCACAGGUUUUAUUCCCUGCAGGACAUACUCAGGAGGGAGAAAACCAUUGAAAGUUUUUAGCACUUUACAAUAAAAGGGAUAUGUUGUAAUAUUUUUAUGGCUAAAUGAAAUUUCUGAUUAUUCUUGUUAGCUUUAUCUGUGCUCUUGUAGACAAUUAAUUCCUGAUGUACAAUUAAAUAUAAUACAAAAUAAAUAAACAGAUAAUCAAAUAAUAGAAUUUUGCCAAAUGCUGCUUGCUGCUGUGCGCUACGCCCCCUAGUGGUUUCUCUGUGUUUCACUGUUGUGUUAUGUCAAAAGGAACAUUGAAUUGCUUAUAUUUUACCACUAGGACCUUCAUGGCAGACGGUACAAAAAAAGCUAAAAUAAUGUAAAACACUUCCAAAAUGUGUAAAAAUGUUUAGUUUUGCUAUUUUGACCUAAAAUUACAUUCACAUUUAAGUGAAUUUCUCUGCACGUGUUCAGUAGGUAAAAUAAUUUUGUUUUUCUUCGGGAAGGGAUUUUAAUUAAAUAUUGCUAAAUAUAGCUACAUGUUCUUUUCUCUGCAGAGAAAAAGAGGAAGAUGAAGUAAUGAAAGCAAUGAUUGAAAAACAUUCAGGUAAAACUUUACUCUACUGCUCCUAAAAUGCAAAGCAAGUUUUUUUUUUUUUUUUUUGAGUUUGAAAACUCCUUGAAAUGCUUAAUAUCAGUGAGAAGCUUAAAUAACCUGCUAUUUGCUCUAUCACCGAAAAAGUUGUGUUCUGAUGAUAGUCAGACUGAAUAUGAUGUAGGGUUAAACCUUUAACGAUGACCUAUUUACAAACAAUUAUAAUAAUAAUAAUUAAAAAAGUACUUUGGACACUUUUAAAACAUUUUAUACAUCAAGCAAAUUGUAAUACUUUCUAUAUAAAUGCACUUUGACACCAAUGUAGAUUAUUUUCGUUAUGUGCAGGAAAACACGUGUUUUUAUAUUGUUUUAUUGCAGCACUGUUAAUGAGUCACCAAUGUUGAAUGUGCAGAAUGUUGAAUGUGUUUUAGGACAAGUCACUUGAAAAAGGUUCAGUAAAUUGGAAAACCCCUCAGGUGACAGAUCUACGGUAGUUUAAUUUCAGACCUUAUAUAAAAUAAAACUCAAAUUCAGGUGGGGGUCAGGUGGAUAAUGGAGAGAGUUCAAAAUGGAUGAAUAAUGAUAAUUCUCUAUAAAAUGAUGAUAUAGUAUAUUAAAGAUAAAUGUCAUUUGAAUUUUGCUAAGGGUUUACCUGGAUGCUUUAGCCAUAGCCAUGUUUAAAGUCCACUGCAUUUUAGCUUUGGUGGUCGGACAGGAAUAUGGGACACAUAAGCGCAACGUGCACUCCAACAGAAUGCGCAGGGUUCGGAAUCUAGCCUGUAACGUGCCUGAUCGAGGCACAGGAUAUCAGAGUAAAAGGAAUGCUCACCUGGUCAGGAAAUGGCAUUGAACGAUAUACAGGCUCGGAGUUUUACAGAGCAGUUUCUGGCAUAGGCAAUAUAAGCCCAUAACCUAGAGAAACCACAAUAAUUCGGGAUUCGGAUCAAAGUUACACGCUAGGGCAGGGAACACAGCAGAAUGACAGAAUCCUUUUAUAGGGACCUGGAAUCAGAUCUGUCGUGAUGAGCACUAAAGAAAGGUGUGCCGAUAAAAGAAACAGUGCCCCACAGCUCAUUGAGACGUUAGACCCCCGAUGUGUGAACCUGACAGCAAGGAGAUCCAUACUGGAGGCAGCAGGAUACUCAGCAGUGUGGGUCUGCCCAGUAAAAAUAUAAAGAAUGCAUGACCCCAAAUAAUAAAGAGUCUUCCGAAGGGGGAAACCUAUGCCAUUAACGCAGGUUCGAAACCCAUCAGAGGUCACUAACAUAUUCCAACAGAUAAACACAGCUGAAUGCCAUUGGAACAGAAUGUAAACAUAGAUACAACUGUAACGUUAAUAAAAUAUAUGUAUACACAGAAAUAUAAAUUAUAUAUGCAAUAAUAUAAGACAUUAAAAGGUAAGUAUAAAAAUAAACCUACUUAAAAUAAGUUGAGAAAAAGAUAAAAAUAAUAAAAAUUUGGGCAGACUGGAUGGGCCGAAUGGUUCUUAUCUGCUGUCACAUUCUAUGUUUCUCUGUUAAUGUCAGAUGUUCUUCAAUAACCAAAGAACUACAUUAAAACAAAAGCAAUAGUGCCUUUUUAAAUAAGGCACUUUAAUAUUAUCUGCAUUGUUACAGCAACUUGUAAGUAAUAUCGCUCACAAAAUACAUUUCAGUUCUGUCUGCCAGCACAUUAUUAUUAUUACUAUUUAAUAUUAUUAGUGAACUUUACUAAGAGUUUAUUUACUUUUCAUUUUCACUUUUCUUUAAUUUCCUUUUCGCUUAUUCCUUUUCCUUUUCUCAGUUCUUUGUAUCAUGUUCUCUCUUUUACUCAGGCUCUUGUUUUCAGAAUGUAUUUCUUUUUUUCACUCUAUCACACUUUUUUCCCCCAAAGAAACAUCACAUUUAGUAAUGAGAACACAUGUUGCAGAAGAAAACCAUCUUAAAGGACCACUAUAGUGCCAGGAAAACAAACUUGUUUUCCUGGCACUAAAGGGUUAUUAGGUCCACCCAACCCUCGUGGCUCCUCUCCCACUGGGCAGGACCUUGUGUUUGAUUCCCUUUUAUUCCAGAAGUUUGGUCCUUAAGGGGGUAAACUAAAAAAACUGUAAAUAAAUAACUAGAUAUUUUCUUCAUAAUAUAAUGGAGCUCUUAAAUCGAUACACAGCACAAGUUGAUUUUAUUCCUGUUUCUUAUGAUGGCCAGAGUCUUAGAACAUUAGCAUACUCGAUAAAUUCUAUUAAUCCCUCUUUUACUCCACGUUGCCCAAAUAAAAUGUAAGUCCUAUUAUGUUCUUUUUUUAGCAGAUCCCCAACAGAAGGAAAGUCCAGAGCCCAAUCUCAAGAGAAGAUCCAGGUUCAGCAUUUCAGGCUUGUUUAAGGGAAAAGACAAGAACAAAACCUAAACCUGCGAUGACGUGGCAGAGAAUUUAAGAAGCCAACGCGUAUAUUAUGCACUACCUUUAUAUGAAGACACUGGAACACAGCAGCGUUCUAUACAGAAAAGACCAUGCCAAUGCUGGCAAACAUUUAAAUGGGGCUGCCCUACUUGUAGCUUUAAGACUCGCCUAUUGGAGGGCCAGGUCCAUUUAUUUGACCAUAAUGCAGUAGAACCUUUGUAUUUUCAGGCACACUAGGACCUGUGCGCCUGAGCCACCAAAUGUCCGUGUAUUUCGGAGCCACCAAAUGUCAGUGGAUCCUUCAUGUUUACAGCCCUAACUACACAGUAUCCUGUAACAUAGCAUUCCGAAUUAUUUGUGAGCAGUUAUACUUAAGCAAACACUCCUGUAAGCUUGUAACAUACUGUUAGUGAUAGAAUUUGAUUUGUACAGAUGAAUUCUGAAAACUAUAUGAAUAUUUAAUUUCUGGGUCUCGUUCUGCGCCGUAUUCUAUAUCUGUGGUGAACCAGAUCUGGCUGUCUCUAAACAAAGCAAAGAGAUUCAGCAUUAUCUGCCUCUUACAGAUACAGGAUACCCAUUUCUGGGAAAUUAAUGAGUGAUGAAAUAACCUUUUGGCCUCUGUGUUCAGUACUCCUGAGCAUAUACACGUACUCCAGGUUAAUGGGAUAAUAGAUUAUAGACAAUCUAGUGUUACCCCCUAGUGGAUGAUACAUGCAUAACUUAUUUUUUUUUUUCACCAUUAAUUUGUUUCUUGUCGAAUGAGAUUGUUUGCUCUAUUGACAAAACACUAAUGCUCGUCUUUGGUAAACAGAUGCCUCUCUUUUUUUCAUUAUCUUGUUAAAUCCAAAGAUUGCUACAAAGAUGAAAAUUUGCUUUGCUUUUUUAAUGUGCCUUUCAUUUAUCUCUUAAUACGUUGUCAGCAAACCCAUUGCUGUACUUUUACCCUUAUCGUGGUUUAAAGACCCUAAAGAGGUUGGAUUUUAAACUAAGAGUUGACUUUGUUUUUUUUUGUUAUAUAAGUAGGUAGGUACAUCUCAGGGCAACUAAGCCAAAAUGAUAAUGCUCUACUUAUCAGGAUCUCGGGAGAACUUCAGAAUUGAGUCAUAAUUUCAGUUACUGUUUGUAUCUUGUCCAAGGGUGAGUGCUUUCAAGAAGCAUGUGGCUUUUUAAACGUGGAAAGAAUGCAACAUUCUGUACUUUUAUCCUGGUCAUUAAACACAGCAGGCUGGCACAGAAUACACAAAUUAGAUAGCACCUGCAGCUACGUCGAACCUUGCUGAUGCUAAAACACUGUUCCAUAUUGGAAUUAACUAUAAGGACCAAAUUGCUAAAAAGGCAUAACUCGAGCAGGGAUGGCCAAAAAGUAGACGUACAACUCCUGCUAUGCUUAUGUCUGGCUCUGUAUAAUUGCAUAUGUAGUUAUAUGGAGAGUCUGACUUUUGGGAACCCCUGGUAAAAUAUUUCCUAUUGAUAAGUGUCCAGUUCCCAUGGUGAAAGGGGCCGAUUUCACCAAAAUUCAGACUAAAGAGUAUCCUUGUACUUUUUUGAGUGUUUCCAGAAUACGACUCCUUGUCCUUCGAGUUCUGUGCCAUCAUGUAUAUAUCAGGAAGUACGACCUGGAUUUUGUGCACUUAGAGGAGUAUUCAUUGUUUGUUAAUGCAGUUUGUAUGGUAAAGAUAUAAAUUGCUAAUCUGCUUAAUAAAAUAAUUGUUUAAUAUG